AUGAAAACGAGCCCUUCUCCAGCCAAUCGGCGCGUUUCCGUCGAAGGGGAGCUGGCGUCGUCAGGCUGCCUCUUUCCUUUGCUGCGAGAGUGGCGUCGCUGGCUGGCGGGUGGGGGGCCGUGUCUCUUUAAGAAUGGAACGCGGAGCUCCGUGGGCUGCGGCCGAGGGCACAUUGUGACGUCGCCGCGCCAUUGUGACGUCGAAAGGGACCCCCCCACCCCCCAAAUAAGAGGCGCCUGCGUAGCCGGAGGAGGAGGAGGAGGAAAGCGGACGGAGCUGUCUCUCUUCUCCAUUGUGGCUCCCGCCCUGGGGCGCCUCUGGGAUUCCCGCGCGCUGCUUCCCCCGGCUCCCGAGCCAGCCCUUCUCGCCUUCAGCCAUGCUGACCAGAGCAUGGACUCCGCGGAAGGCGAUGUGCUGUCGACGCGGGAGCAGCUCUUCCACGAGCGGGUCCGGGAGUGCCUCGUGAGUAGACGGCCGGCGGUGCGGGGAUGUUCCCGGGACGGCAAUGGGGUGGGGGGAGUUGGCUUUGGGUCACAGAAGAGGAAGCGACUUGCCCCCCCCCGACCCCCCGUUCUCGGGUGGCCGCGCGUCCGGAAUUUCCCGGACACAUACAUGUCCGGGGGAAUCCGGACGCGUGGCCACCGACGUCGGCGGUGCCGAUUUCCGCUUAACAUAGCUAGAACUUUGGCGUAAAUAAAUAGCUCGACAACUUUCCCGUCCACCGAUUUUCAGCCUUUGAAAUAUGGGAAGCCUAGACCUAGGGGGUGGGGGGGUCAGCAGCGCUUACUUCCCGUGUAGACCCGGUUGGGAUGGUACCGUAGGCUGCCUGACACACAGGCUGUGAAGGGGGCAUUGGCUGGCAAGGCGGAAAAGCCCACGAUUUUCAAGUAGGAGAGAGCAACAAGUCCCGUCAGGCCGCCUCUGCGGUGAAACGUCUCUCCAACACAGAGGAUUGUGCUGUCAUAACCUGGUAGUUGAGAAGGCGGGUUGAGAAAUUGAGGUCGAGCAUGUCACUUGCAGAGUUUUGCUCGCUUAGAGAAUAAGCAGUGAGUCAACUUAUUUACGGCAGCUGAGACAGCCGGAAUCUUCUUUUUCCCCUGUUUGUUUUUAUCUCUGUUUCUCGUGGAGUUCUUAACUUCGCAAUGACAUAAUCUGUAAUUAUGCAGUAAUUAAAAGACAAACUUAAUGUCAUUGCACAAAGUUGUUCUUUUUAUUUGAGUGACUUAUUUGUGUGUGCCCCCUCCCAUUUAUAGUUGUUGUUGUUUAGUCGUUUAGUCGUGUCCGACUCUUCGUGACCCCAUGGACCAGAGCACGCCAGGCACUCCUGUCUUCCACAGCCUCCCGCAGUUUGGUCAAACUCAUGCUGGUAGCUUCGCGAACACUGUCCAGCCAUCUUGUCCUCUGUCGUCCCCUUCUCCUUGUGUCCUCAAUCUUUCCCAACAUCAGGGUCUUUUCCAGGGAGUCUUCUCUUCUCAUGAGGUGGCCAAAGUAUUGGAGCCUCAGCUUCAGGACCUGUCCUUCCAGUGAGCACUCAGGGCUGAUUUCCUUCAGAAUGGAGAGGUUUGAUUUUCUUGCAGUCCACGGGACUCUCAAGAGUCUCCUCCAGCACCAUAAUUCAAAAGCAUCCAUUCUUCGGCGAUCAGCCUUCUUUAUGGUCCAGCUCUCACUUCCAUACAUCACUCUGGGAAAACCAUAGCUUUAACUAUACGGACCCAUUUAUAGAGCUGCCCUCAUAACAGGAGUUCUUGGGACAACUUCUAUAUAUAGAAUAACAGAAUUGUGGAGUUGAAAGGGACCACAAGGGUGAUCUAGGUCAGCCCCCUGCAAUGCAAAAAUAUUUUGCCCAUUCUCUACUGAUUGAGUCUGCUGAAGCCCACUGGGUGACCUUGGCCCAGUCACUACCUCUCAUCCUAACCUACCUCACAGGGUUGUUGUGAGGAUAAAAAGGAGAGAGGGAGAUGCGUUGUAUACCACCUUUUGCUGCUUGGAGGAAAGAUGGGAUAUAAAUAUAACAAUGGCUAAUCAUUAAAUACUGACCUGACCUGACCAAGGCAACCCAGCGAACGUCACAACCCAGUGGAUAUUGGAGCCCUAGUCUUCUUGCCCAGGUCCCAUAUAAUAUUUCUCUAGAACCAUUGGUGUACAUUGUGCUUUUCUGGUGAGCAAAAGCCGGCUGGUCUCUGCUUUGAGAAGCCUAGAGUCUAGCUCAUGGGUAGGCAAACUAAGGCUCUGGGGCCGAAUCCGGCCCACUCGCUUUCUAAAUCCGGCCCGGGGACAGUCCGGGAAUCAGCGUAUUUUUAAAUGAGUAGAAUGUGUCCUUUUAUUUAAAAUGCAUCUCUGGGUUAUUUGUGGGACCGCCUGGUGUUUUUACAUGAGUAGAAUGUGUCCUUUUAUUUAAAAUGCAUCUCUGGGUUAUUUGUGGGGCAUAAUAAUUCGUUCAUUAUUUUUUUCAAAAAAUAGUCCAGCCCCCCACAAGGUCUGAGGGCUGGUGGACCGGCCCCCUGCUGAAAAAGUUUGCUGACCCCUGGUCUAGCUGCUGACUGCUUUUGUUUUGCAUUCUCCAACAGCAUGUUUGGCACUGGUGAGUUGUGGGGUGUAUGUAUGUGCCUAGAUAGCUGAAAUAAGAAGCAUUCGUGGCUGUGAGUCUUCCUGACCAAGAGAAGUCUGGUGUCAUGGGCUGGCUGAGUCAGGGCUGGGCAGGCCAGACCAUCUGUAAUGUUCAAAUACUUAUUCCAAGCUGGUUCAUGAAAGCAGAAGGUUGCAUGUUUGUGUUAAUUUCUGGAGGAUUUGUGUGUGUGCGCAUUUGAUUUGCCCUUGGUGAUGAUACAGCAGGUGGUCUAGUGCAGGAAUAAGGGAACUAUUCCUAUUCCAAUCAGCCCAACCAGCGACGAUGGGAGCUGUAGUUCCAUAAAAUGAAAGGCUGUUGUUUCCCCAUCUCUGGGCUUGAGGUUUCAAAAUUUUAUCAACUGCUUGUGCCUCCAUUUUCAAACGGCAUCUUCUCUGACUGGGUAACCUUGAGGCAUCUUAGUCCCACCUUCAAGCUUUUCUGGAAAUUGGAAUAAUCGUGGCUUGCUUCACAAUAGAGUAUGUGACAGCAAACAUCUUGCCUGUGUUUUCCUUUGGUGAACUGGUCGCUUGGCCUUUGUGCAAAUAAAGUUGGCAUUUCCAGAUCGCAGGCUGAGUACUUCUCACUGUACCUUUUAAAAACAGAAUUGGGAGAGGUAACAGCCAUGUUUUUGUGUCUCCCCACUUCCCCUCCUAAUGCCUGUCUUCCUCUUCCACAUACUGUUUGACCUCCUUAGAGUGUUUCCUAACAGGGGAGGAAGGAGGAAGAGAGAGGAGAAACUGUCUUUAACAUAAUGUCCCAAUUCAGAUACCAUUGUGGGAGAAACUCUAGGGUGUGACCUGGCCAGGAUGCCAACCUCUAAGAAAUGCAUGCAGAUGGCUAUCUGUGUCUGUGAAGGACUGGCAUACGUGUCCCUGUUUUGCUGUUAAGUUGUAUGUUUGGGAGGCAAAAGUUGCUUAGACAAACAAGCCUCAAAGGUGUUCAUAACUGUUCUCAGCCAUACUGACACUUGCUUUCAGGAUCUUUCUCUUUUCUGUGAGCUGUACAUUCGAAUGAGCGUUUGUUGUCUUGGUGUAUUUCUGAAGUUCAGAAGAUCAUGAUCUGAAUGAAAGACCAUUUGGAAACGCCAUGCACACUACUUUCAGUGUCUAGAAGGAAGGGCAAGAUACAGCUGUAAAAAACCUGCCAACGGAUUAGUAAUUUGACAGUGUUCUUUCACAUAAACUCUGUAUAUGUCCCAUUCUCUGAUAAAUUUUUUUUCAUCUGCAACGUCUCUUAACCUGAUAGUCUCACCAGUUCAGCGUAUUCCCUUAAUUGGUUUUGCCAAUCUAGUUUAGAUGGUAUAUCCUAUCCUUCCCCGUCUUUUGCAAUUAAAAUUCUGGCUGCCACAGUGGCAUACAUAAAGAUUCUCCUGAGCUUUUUUGAAAUUUCAUGACCCAUAAUUCCUAGCAGGAAGGCUUCAGGUUUUUUUCGGGAAAGAGCAUUUAAACAUUUUCUUAAGCUUGUUGUAAAUCAUUUCCUGAAACUGUCUAAUCUUUUUACAGUUCCACCACGUGUGAAUCCAUGUGCCUUCAGCCUUCCUGCAUUUCUAACAUACGCUUGUCCUGGAUCUAAAUAUUUUAGCUAACUUAACCGGUGUCAAAUGCCACCUCUAAAGCAUUUUCAUGCAAUUCUCUUUUAAACUGUAAAGGUAAAGGGACCCCUGACCAUUAGGUCCAGUCGUGGCUGACUCUGGGGUUGCAGCACUCAUCUUGCUUUAUUGGCUGAGGGAGCUUCCAGGGUCAUGUGGCCAGCAUGACUAAGCCGCUUCUGGUGAACCAGAGCAGCACACGGAAACGCCGUUUACCUUCCCGCUGGAGCGCUACCUGUUUAUCUACUUGCACUUUGACGUGCUUUUGAACUGCUAGGUUGGCAGGAGCAGGGACAGCAACGGGAGCUCAACCCGUCGCGGGGAUUCAAACCGCCAACCUUCUGGUCGGCUAGUCCUAGGCUCUGUGCUUUAACCCACAGCGCCACCCGGGUCCCUCUUUUAAAUUGUAGCAUGCUGUAAAUUUGAUGUCUUCCCUCCAGAGUCAUGAUACACACCUCUUAUCAUGCCUUCCCCGCUUUACUUAGAAGCUGCCAGUCUUGCAAGCCUUCCUCAUAGGAGACUUGCACCAACCCCUUCAACUUGUGGAUUCCCCUUUCCUGAAUCUUUUCUAGCUCUACAAUGAGCAGAACUUUCCCUAAAGCUAUGCUGCUUUCACCAUGGGGGAGUAGCCUGUGUUAGACCUCCAUUAGAAACUCUCCUGGACUUUCUCUCUCUCUCUUUAAAUUAUUUAUUUGGUUUUCAAAUUAAAAUUUUUACAAUCACAAACAUACAACAUAAAAACAAGAUUCCAAGAAUCUCCUGGACUUCCCUUCUCCCCUUUGCGGGUCCUAUUAUUAAUCCUUUCCUCUUGCAUCUUUUAUAAUACAGUGGAACCUCGGUUCCUGAACGCCGAAAACCCGGAAGUGAAUGCUUCCUGUUUCAAACGUUUUUUGGAACCCGAAUGUGCGACACAGCUUCUGCUGAGUGCAAGAAGCUCUUGCAACCAACAGGAAGCCGCGCCUCAGUUUCUGAACGUUUCAGAAGCCAAACAGGCUUACGGAACGGAUUUUGUUCGAGGACCGAGGUACCACAAAAUCCAAAUCGUUUCCAUCUCCAUUAUAUCCAAAAUUCACCGUUAAACGACAAGUGUUAUUUGAAUCCUACUGACGAUUUUCACUGUUUACAAUGGUUUUUAAGGUAAUGGCCUUUCUCUCUUUGUCCCCCACCCUUCCCAGAUUUAAGUCAAGACUCUGCUGUGUCACACAGGGACCUCUGAGGUGAAGCUUCUGGAAUGCUUGCUAAGAGUUCCCUUUUGGCACCUGAUGCACAAGCAGCUCAGUUUCAGAGUGCUGGGUGGGAUGUUGAUGUUUUUUCUGGAUGGCAGCAUUUGCAAGAGUUGCAUCUCUAUUUGUGGCCCUGUCUCUGCCCAGAGACAGCUCCGCAUGCAGCUUAUGCAUGAUAUGAGGAGGUUGGCAAGCCGUGAGAUUCCUGGCAUCCCUCCCUCUCUGGUGCAGCGAGUUCAGUCUUCCCAGCGUGGCUUUGUGUGCUAAAGGUUAGUCCGAAAUCCCAUCUGUGGACUCUGGAGUGUUAGCAGGGAUUUGGAGUUCUGUAACGGCUUCAGUAAUCUGCUUAUCCGGGAUAAUGCUGGGAAGUUGUGUAAGACAAGUGUAUAGCUCUAGAGCAUGGGUAGGCAAACCAAGGUCCGGGGGCCGCAUCCGGCCCAAUUGCCUUCUCAAUCUGACGGUCCAGGAAUCAGUGUGUUUUUACAUGAGUAGAAUGUGUCCUUUCAUUUUAAAUGCACCUCUGGGUUAUUUGUGAGGCCUGCCUGGUGUUUUGACAUGAGUAAAAUGUGUGCUUUAAUUUAAAAUUCAUCUCUGGGUUAUUUGUGGGGCAUAGGAAUUUGUUCAUUUUUAUUUUUCCCCAAGAUAUAGUCCGGCCCCCCCCCCACAAGGUCUGAGGGACAGUGGACCAACCCCCUGCUGAAAAGGUUUGCUGACCCCUGCUCUAGAGGGCCAUGUUGGCAGAAGAAGCGACCUUUAAACGUGUGUGUUUUCACUUGGGAGGAGCCGGCAUUGAGCCACUGGCAUGUGUUGACAAGCAUGCCCAAGGAAUUUAGUCCAGGGUUAGGUAACAUAGUGCCCUUUCCCUUCCUGCUGGACUACAACUCCCAUAAUUCCUGACCACUGACUUAUGCCAGCUGGAUCUGAUGGGAAUUGUAGUUGAGCAACAUCAGUGUUCGAAAUUUGCUAGGCGACAGGCAGAUUUUGUACCUGGCUAUUGAACGCUUGCGACCAAGUGAAAAUGCCUGGGGGCCGGGAUGGCUCCUGACUUCUCCACCAGCUGGAGGUGCAGGCCUGUGAAUCAUUGGAUCUAGACUGUUUUCACUCACUCCUGCAGAACUCUACCUGUUAUAUUACAUCUGCACAAUCGGAAUGAAUUUCAGGAACCAAACAGUCGUAUGGGGUGGGGAGGACUUUUGAGUCAUCUGGCUCCAAAAUGCUGGCUCCAAAAUGGCAACUAGGCAUUCUGAUUUGGGAACUGCAGCCCUGGUUUAAGGAGCCAUUUGGUGCUUACCACAUACAGUGGUACCUCUGGUUACAUACUUAAUUCGUUCUGGAGGUCUGUUCUUAACCUGAAACUGUUCUUAACCUGAGGUACCACUUUAGCUAAUGGGGCCUCCUGCUGCCGCCGCACGAUUUCUGUUCUCGUCCUGCAGCAAAGUUCUUAACCCGAGGUACUAUUUCUGGGUUAGUGGAGUCUGUAACCCGAAGUGUAUGUAACCUGAAGCGUAUGUAACCUGAGGUACCACUGUAAUGAUUUUUUAGCGCUGAGCAUAUGAAGGGCACCAUGUUGAAAAAAUAAGAAGAGUUCUCCUGACUCAGCCCAAGCAUAUUGUCCUGCAACUCUACAGUGGUACCUCUGGUUAAGAACUUAAUUCGUUGUCGAGGUCUGUUCUUAACCUGAAACUGUUCUUAACCUGAGGUACCACUUUAGCUAAUGGGGCCUCCUGCUGCCGCCGCACAAUUUCUGUUCUCGUCCUGCAGCAAAGUUCUUAACCCGAGGUACUAUUUCUGGGUUUGUGGAGUCUGUAACCUGAAGCAUCUGUAACUCGAGGUACCACUGUAUAGUCUGUUCAAAGAAGUGACCACAUGCAUCUGAGAAGCUCAGAAGCAGGGCAUCAGCACUGUAGCUCACUGGUCCUUUAAGGUAACUGGCGUUCAAUGGCAUACUUAUUCUGAACCCGGAGCUUCUAGCCAGCUAGCCAUUCCUGUCUAAUUGGAGGCGAUAGACCAAUCUCCCUUUAAUUUAUGUCAUUUUUAAAACUGAGGAGUAAGAAUAGGCUUCGACAGGAGAUCAGAUAUGGGGUGUGUGUUGAACUGUAGGUUGGUUGCAUCCCCAUGUUUGCUUGUGUGCCAUAAUGCUACUCUUUGCACUUCUAAAAAUCCAGCAAACAUUCAAACACAAGAGGCAUGCAUAAUUCAUCCCCUUGAGCCAUCCAGAUACUGUAGUAAUCUUUGAGCCAGCUUAGGCUCAGUGGUUGUGUUUCAUCGGCUGCUGCAGGCAUGCUUCCAGAAUUUCCCCCCAGGUAGAACUGUUGACCUGAAAACGUCUUUGUCAUAAGGAUUUAUUAGGAUGCUUCCUGCAUUGCUGCCAUCUCAUGUUCUCAGCAGUGCUCGAAAUUAGCUAGGCGCAUUUUGCACCUGGCUUUUGACCACUUGUGACCAAGUGAAAAUGCCUGGGUGCCAGGAUGGCGUUUGAUGUCUCUGCCAUCUGGAGGUUCUGGACUGUUUUCACACACUAAUACCCCAUGCUGUAGAAUUCUGUCACUUACAUGUUAUCUGCACAACUGGAAUGAAUUUCUGGAACCAAAUUGCUUUUGUGUGUGUGCAGCCUGAGCAGGAGCAGUCCCCGUUAAGAAAAAGAGGUUGGAAUAGGCCAGUAUAUAUGUGGACUGUCCCUGGAUCAAGUGACUUUUCUUCUUUAUGUUCUCAGAGCUCUUAACCGAGCUCAAGGUUGUCAUCUGAACUAUGCAGAUGUUUGACUGAGAAUUGAUCACAGUCAGCCCAUCAUUUGAAAAAUAAGUCUUUAGGGGCGUCUUGCCCCCAAAUGGCAACUAGACAGUCUGUUUUGGCGACUGCAACCUUGUUUCAAGGAGCCAUUUGGCGCCUAGCUUAUACAGUCUUACCUCGGGUUAAGUACUUAAUUAGUUCCGGAGGUUCAUUCUUAACCUGAAACUGUACUUAACCUGAAGCACCACUUUAGCUAAUGGGGCCUCCCGCUGCCGCUGCACGAUUUCUGUUCUCAUCCUGAAGCAAAGUUCUUAACCCGAGGUACUAUUUCUGGGUUAGCGGAGUCUGUAACCUGAAGCGUAUGUAACCCGAGGUACCACUGUAUACAAUGAAAGAAAUCUGCCGUGCAACAUCGCUCCUCCAUUCUCAUAUACAUCAAUGAGCCAGCCCAUAGUCUCAACAGUGGGGUAGCCAACCUGGUGCUCUCUAGAUGUUUUGGAUUUCAGUUCCUAUCAGUUCCAGCCUAGCAUGUUCCUACAGCCAGGAAUGAUGGGAGUUGUAGUGCAGCAGGAUCUAGAGCCAGUAUAAGCAAACUCCGGCCCUCCAGAUGUUUGGGACUACAAUUCCCAUCAUCCCUGACCAUUGGUCCCGUUAGCUAGGGAUGAUGGGAAUUGUGGUCCCAAACAUCGGGAGGGCUGGAGUUUGCCUAUGUCUGAUCUAGAGACUCCCAGGUUGGCUGCCCUUGCUUCAAGGACACUAUCUGAAAAGCAAAGACAACUUUUUGGCCCCUUUCUGUGUGUUGCCCAAAGCCUGCACUGGCGCAAUGGACUCAAGUCUGUGAAAACUGAUGCGUAGUAAGUGCAAGUAAAGACUUUGAGGUGCCACAAGGCUCUUGGUGGUCUGUGUUACAGCUAAAACGACCAAUGCAGUUGCCCCCUCUGGAAAUGAUUCCCAGGGAUAAAAACAACUUUAGUUUUAUAGCGGUUGUUAAGCAAGAAUAGGUAAAGGGACCCCUGACCAUUAGGUCCAGUCAUGACCGACUCUGGGGUUGCGGCGCUCAUCUCGCUCUGUAGGCCGAGGGAGCCGGUGUACAGCUUCCGGGUCACGUGGCCAGCAUGACUAAGCUGCUUCUGGCGAACCAGAGCAGCGCACGGAAACGCCGUUUACCUUCCUGCUGGAGCGGUACCUAUUUAUCUACUUGCACUUUGACGUGCUUUUGAACUACUAGAUUGGCAGGAGCAGGGUCCAAGCAAUGGGAGUUCACCCCGUCGCGGGGAUUCGAACCACCGACCUUCUGAUCGGCAAGUCCUAGGCUCUGUGGUUUAACGCACAGCACCACCCGCGUCCCCCUAAGCAAGAAUACAUGUGCACCAUUUCCUGAGGGAUGUCCGUCCAGAGAUUAGUUAAUGGUGGCUGGUCAUGAUAUAUAGAUGGAGUUGCAGGCUCCAGCUGAUGUAAAUUGUAAAGUCAGUUCAUAAAGCUAUAGUCGUACCUCGGCUUCCAAACGCCUUGGGAGUCAAAUGUUGUGGCUCCCGAACGAUUGAAAACCGGAAGUGAGUGUUCCGGUUUUCAAAUGUUCUUUUGGAAGCCGAACGUCUGACUGGGCUCCCGCGGCUUCCUAUUGGCUGCAGGAGCUUUAUGUACUAUUGGUAGGAAUUUCCUCUAAUUUCAUAGAGUAGACCCAUUUAAAUUGUUGUUAGGCACAUUAAUUGUCAUUGGUCUACUCUAAGUAAAAGUUAGUUGAAUGCUAUCUUUUCUCUGCUCCGCUCCCCCUGGGUUAACCCAAAAAAUAGGGGAGACAUAACAUUGUGAAACCUUCCCCCCCAUCCUUUUGAUGAGCACAAAUUGUGCGCCUUUUCUCCUACAGCCCUGAUUAAUCCUUUCAGUAGCAGCUUCCAGAUUCAGCAGCAGAUGGAACCUUUUGUAAGAACAGCGAAGAGUAAUUUUUUUAAUGGACCAUGGAAUUUGGUGUUUGUACAAGGCAGCCUCCAACAUUGAUUUUAAAUGAUGGAUUUUGACAGCAGAUUCCAGUAAGCCUUUUAACAAGCAAAAACCAGAAACCUCAGCCUUAGGACAGUCAGUUCAAGGGUGUCCCAAGCAUUUUAUAGCUGAUAUAAUCCUGUUUCAUAGGCCUCCAUUCUUCCAAUUGUCAAUCUAUUGCUCACCCAGCAGAGCUCUAAAAAAUGAUCCAUUCUCUAGAGGGCUCAAGCUAAUGUACCCCUGGGGUGUCUUUCAGUAGUUACUGUAUACCAAACUCAUGCCCAUUUAUGCCAUUCACAUAUCCUCCAACAUUUCUCCGGUGAAAAUAGGGACAUCCCAUUCCAUAAUGAUGAUUUUACUAUUUAUACCCCACCCAUCUGACUGGGUUGCCCCAGCCACUCUGGGCAGCUUCCAACACAUGUAAAAACAUAAUAAAACAUUAAACAUUAAAAAUCUUCCCUCUACAGGGCUGCCUUCAGAUGUCUUCUAAAGGUUAUAUAGUUACUCAUCUCCUUGACGUCUGAUGGGAGGGCGUUCCACAGGGUGGAACAAUGGGGCACAGUUUUUCCAUUCAGGACCACGGAGUCCCCCACACCUGCCCACCCUCUGUCCCCCAGAAACAAUACUUCUACCUUGUCAGAACUCAGUCACAAUCCAUUAGCUGCCACCCAUCCUCCAACCGCUUCCGGACAGGGUUCGAAAUUAGCAGGGCUCCUGGCGCACUUUGUACCUGAAGAUUCUCCAUUUGCGAGCACCUCAGAAAGUCUGGGUGCCAUUUUUUUUCACCUGGCUGACACUGAAGGAUUACUGAAAUGUACAGGGGUUCCUCGGGUUACAUACGCUUCAGGUUACAUAUGCUUCAGGUUACAGCGCUAACCCAGAAAUAGUGCUUCAGGUUAAGAACUUUGCUUCAGGAUGAGAACAGAAAUCAUGCUCCGGCAGCGCAGAGGCAGCAGGAGGCCCCAUUAGCUAAAGUGGUGCUUCAGGUUAAGAACAGUUUCAGGUUAAGAACGGACCUCCGGAACGAAUUAAGUACUUAACCCGAGGUACCACUGUAUUUGCUUUGAAGCCUCAAAGUAGAUGUUGAGGAUAGACACUACAUCCAGGAGUUUAACAAUAAAGUGUAGAGUGUUUUGAAAACUGAAGUAGAUACCAAUAUUUUUAUUGUAAACACCAAAUUAAACAUGUAUUAACAAUUUCUGCUAAAACUGUGGUAUUAACAAUGUGUCACUUAUGUGAAUUGCGUAUUAGUUCAAAAUAAUAAAAAGUGUUGCUGACCCGCCACCGUGGCGACUAAACAUUCUGUUUUGGCUCCCAAUAUCCCAAGUCCCAGAAGCCAUUUGGCUCCUAGCUUUUCUAUUCCAGUUUCUAACACUGCCUCCAGACCAGGGGGUCAGCAAACAUUUUCAGCAGGGGGCCGGUCCGCUGUCCCUCAGACCUUGUAGGGGACCGGGCUAUAUUUUUUUGGGGGGAGGGGGAAUGAACGAAUUUCUAUACCUCACAAAUUACCCAGAGAUGCAUUUUAAAUAAAAACACACAUUCUACUCAUGUAAAAACACCAGGCAGGCCCCACAAAUAACCCAGGGAUGCAUUUAAAAUGAAAGGAUACAUUCUACUCAUGUAAAAACACACUGAUUCCCGGACUGUCCGUGGGCCGGAUUGAGAAGGCGAUUAGGACGGAUCCGGCCCCCGGGCCUUAGUUUGCCUACCCAUCCUCCAGACACUCACACAGCAUUGGUCCCUGACACAAAGAAUUGUGUUAUCCUUUUUGCCAUCUGGAACUGAACUCCAGGCCUUGCAGCGCUCUGAGGUAAACCUUUGUGGGCUUGCUGCUGCAUAGCACAUUUCUCCCCCAGCCAAAAUAGAACAGCAUUUGCAGUCAUCAGUGCCGGGCACCUGGGCUCAUUGAUAUUAUUAAAAUGCUCUGUGGUGAGAUCUGUGCGAUAGGCAUAGCCUGUGUUGAGAUUCCCAGCAUAGUUGGUUUUGCACUUUGGAACGGGCCUUUUGAGAGUACAAGCAGUUUGUGGCUUGCAGAAUAGCUGACUUGGCAGAUGCUCUGGCUGCCACCGCCGCUCCCAAAUAAAUGCUGCACAUGGAGUCCUUCUGCCGGAAUAGUUGGAUGUGGCGGCCGACUUGAAGGAUGGGCAAAUGGGCAGGCUAUGCACUUUAUCCCCCAACUUGGCAGUCUUUGUGGGGGGAUGGAACUGAUAACAGGAAAACUCACUUCCUGUUAAAUACCAUAUUCAUCCAGAGCUUCAAAAGCCAAAGUGUUAUUCCUUUGUUAUUUCUAUCAUGGACAGCCUUGAUAGCUUUUCUUCCUAGUGUUGAAUUCUUCACGAUGCCUCUUUGCCAGGCACUCUAUUCUCUACCCUCACAGCACCUUGCUUGAGUGACCGGUGUGUGUUCUGCUCUACUUAUUGAGAGAAGCCGGUAACCUGCUGCAUUCUUGGUUUGAAAUGUAAUGUCAUUGCGUGCCUCAGUCUCAAACAGGGCUGUGUGCAAUCUACAAUUCCACAAUGGCACCAUGUUUGUUAAUGGUGACAAUUUGUUUUCUGGGUUGCAGAGAUCGGCAUCUUAAACCAUCUCUGCUCUUAAUUUUAAUCUCUCUCUUGUUAAAAGCAAGCUUCUACCUAGCUUCUAUUGCUGUAGAAGCUGGUUUAGAAAAUGUCUGAUAGUCUUGGAACGCACGUGGGGUGCUGAGCUGGAAUCAUGCACGUGCAUUAUGCUUUUUGGUGCUUCUGUGAAGACAAUAAACCUUUUUCCUGAUGAUCAAGGUGCAUUUUGCAGAGCCAAAAGAACUAUUGAGACCAGCAUGGUCUCCCCAAAUAUCUCCGAUUAUAAAGCAUUCAUAUUUCCCCCUUCCUGCUUUCAGGCAUCUGAAAGAGUAAUUCUGCAUUUAAAAAAGGUAAAGGACCCCUGACAGUUAAGUCCAGUCGCGAAUGACUCUGGGGUUGCAGCGCUCAUCUCGCUUUACUGGCCGAGGGAGCCGAAGUUCGUCCACAGACAGUUUUUCUGGGUCAUGUGGCCACCAUGACUAAGCCGCUUCUGGCGAAACCAGAGCAGCACAUGGAAACGCCGUUUACCUUCCCGCCAUAGCGGUACCUAUUUAUCUACUUGCACUUUGACAUGCUUUCGAACUGCUAGGUUGGCAGGAGCUGGGACCGAGCAACGGGAGCUCACCCUGUCGCGGGGAUUCGAACCGCUGACUUUCCGAUCAGUGGUUUAGACCACAGCACCACCCGCGUCCCAAUUCUGUAUUUAGUUUUGUGCAAAUACCAUCUGAAGCAAUAGUCUCCAUUUUAGGGAGAGCACAGGUAUUUGGGUAUCACUUGAGAAACCAGGAGAGGCAGUUGGUUGCUAAGACCUGUUUUUCCCUCCCACACUCAGAUUCUGAACAGUUGUCCUGUUUUUUUAUCUUCACCGCUCCUUCCACCCAUCCACAACAGGCCAAAUCUCCUGAGCCAAACCUCUUGCUUCAGCAGAGACAGCGUGGAACUCCAAACCUGAACUUUCAGCUUCUGAUUACUUGCGUCAGCGAACAUCUUACUGCAUACAAAUAUGCAGAGCAAUAAAAAAAAUUUUUGCAUGCCAAGAUAAUUUCCAGUGGUUCUGAAAGAAGUUCAGAAAUCUCAUGCCAGAGGUCAAUGCUGAUAGGCACGUUUAUUGGAAGGUUUAGUGUUCCAGGCAUAGCAGGUUUCUGGCUGGCUUGGACUCUUGUCUGUGUGUAUGUGUGUAAGCAAUGUUGGCUGGCCAGCUUACCUUUGGUUGCCCUACCAAAUCAAGUCUUCCAGGUCUUCUGUGCUUCUUGUCUUCCUUCCAAGUCAGCUCCACCUCAGCAAUUCAGCGGGGAAAUCAACCCUCUAAUAGGAUAAUGUAACUAGGGCUGCCCUAAGUCCAGAAUUUCCCGGACACACCUGGGAUUCAUCUUUCAGAAACAGCAUCUAGGUGAAAUCUCCAAAAAUCUGAAAAAAUGUCUGGGAAAACCCAGGUGUAUGGCAACCCAUGUAGUUUUCUUGGCAAAUUUCCUUAAAAAUAGCUCAAAAACAGUUCAACAACUGUAUCCGGAUUUCCAUUUUUUGAAAUACGGCAACCCUAAUAAUGUAGAGAUCCUCUUAUUAUCUAGACACUGGUCUGUGUCUUGUUCCUAACCUCUUCCUCAAACACAGGAGUAGAAAUCUGGGGCUCUCCAGAUUUUUCUUUUUCUCAACUACAGUUCCCAUCAUCCUUUAUCGUUGGCCGUGACAACUGGAGCUGAUGGGAAUUGGAGUCUGAGAAACUUUGGGGAGCCACAAAGUUUCCCUACCCCUGGAGGCAGGCUCUUCAGCAGUCUUCCGAUAGUUAUUGGCUAGCACCUUGCAUACAUUAUUUUUAAAAGGAGGUAAGUGUUGCAUUAAAACAUUAGAAACUGUGCGUCUCAGAAAGUUUUUGCAACGAUUUUUUUCCGUAGGAGUGAAAUUGUGUAGAGGUGAACGUUUUAUCACGGCUUCAUCUCGGCUUCAGUUGGGGUAGGGCUGUGGGGUAGGCCGUACAAUGUUUUCCUUAUGCGUUCCCAGCAGAAGUCAGUACGUUUCUGAGCACAAUUCAAAGUGUUGGUGCCGACCUUUAAAGCCCAGUAUACCUGAAGGAGCGUCUCCACCCCCAUCAUUCAGCCCAGACACUGAGAUCCAGCGCCGAGGGCCUUCUGGCAGUUCCCUCACUGCAAGAAGCAAAGCUACAGGGAAACCAGGCAGAGGGCCUUCUAGGUAGUGGCACCCACCCUGUGGAACGCCCUCCCAUCCGAUAUCAAAGAGAUAAACUACCUGACAUUUAGAAGGUAUCUGAAGGCAGCCCUGUUUAGGGAAGUUUUUAAUGUGUGACAUUUUAAUGUAUUUUUAAUCUUUGUUGGAAACUGUCCAGAGUGGUUGGGGAAACCCAGCCAGAUGGGUAAGGUACAAAUAAUAAAUUAUUAUUGCAUUCGGAAACGUUAACUUCAGGGCAUCUUUUAGAAGAUUCUAAACAAAACCACUCCAACCUGUCUUGCUGCAUAGCUCUCAGGUGUGCCACUUCCCAGGCAGGACAGUCUACCCUUAUAAUAUAAUAAUAAUUAUCAAAGCUCAGGGAUGCCCUUUUGGUGUGAGUUGACUGUUUGGCACUUCCUUUUAAAAGCAUAAGUCCCGGGAGAGACCAAACUCUUAAACACAACAUUCUGGUCUCUGCAAACCCCACCCCACCCAAGCUUUCAUUGUCCAAAUGUUUCCAAGCUCCUGAAACACUGAGGGCUAGAAGCAUGGCUUUUAUGUUUUCUUUUUUAUAACCCUACAAAGCAAGCUGAGCUGCCACACUUGAGUUCUUUGAAGCUGCUCCCUCUGUGCUUUAUUAUUUCGGUCCUCCGGGGGUCUGAUGCAAGUCUAGAGAAUUUGUUUUGUUUUGUUUUGCUGCAAGGGUUACAGCUUUUAGUUGACUGGCUUAUUGGUAUGGGACGUUGGGUUUCCCAAAUGCAUUUGGAGAGGUGCUGUGUGUGUGUGUGUGUGUGUGUUGGUGAGUGGGGUCUGCAACAAAUAGUUGCAGUGUGGAAUUGCUCCUGUUCAGGUUUCCAGCCAUGCCGUUCCAUUUUCCUACUCCCACUCCAACAACAAUUGGUAUCCCAUGUCUAUUCAGCACACACAGUGGGAUGUUUUCUGUCACACACCCCUGCCAGCUUUUUCACAAGACUUUUUAAUACAGUGGAACCUUGGUUCUCAAACUUAAUCUGUUCCGGAAGUCCGUUCCAAAACCAAAGCGUUCCAAAACCAAGGCACACUUUCCCAUAGAAAGUAAUGCAAAACAGAUUAAUCCAUUCCAGACUUUUAAAAACAACACCUAAAACAGCAAUUUAACAUGAAUUUUACUAUCUAACAAGACCACUGAGCCAUAAAAUGAAAACAAUAAUCAAUGUACUGUACUAUAAAAUAAAGAAGACAGUAUUGUAGAUGAUGAAAAUUAAAAUUAUUUUUUUUCUUACCUGCACUGAUGAUAGUUGUUGUUUGGAUGGGGGAGCUUUUAUCUAUUUCCGCAGUCACACAGUCAAUCAAUCAGUAGCUGAACUGGGUUCCACGCAGUCACAAAAACAAAUUAACUGAAAAAGCCUCAAAAAAAGCCAACCGCAAAAUAAAUAGCAAAAGAGGCAAACUUAAUCCGUUCUGGAUGUCUGUUUGACUUCCGAAAUGUUCGAAAACCAAGGCACAACUUCUGAUUGGUGUAGGUGCCCUGGAAACAAUAGCCGACAGCCGCAUCGGAUGUUCAGCUUCCAAAAAAGUUUGAAAACCGAAACACUUCCAGGUUUUUGGUGUUUGGGAAAAAUGUUGUUUGAGAACCAAGGUACCACUGUACUUCUGUAAACCUUGAAGUGCCCCCCCCCCUCGCAUUUUGGCUACAUAAGAAGUAGCACUCAAAAUAAUUGUGUCUGUAUUAGUAUAUAUGUGGCUCCACAAUUGGUAGGGGUACAAGGUGACUCUGUCUGGGAACCUGGUUUGAGGUAGUGGGUUUAUUGCCAGCCAGAUGGGCGGGGUAUAAAUAAUAAAAUUAUUAUUAUUAUUAGGUGGAGGCAAGUGGCAGUGACCUCCUAUCGCAUUUUGCAAUGUUUCUAUAGAUCUGUUUCUAGUAAUCUUCCCCUCCAGAAGAGGCCAAACCCAGCCCUGCCCUUGAAAUUUCUCGCUGCUGUGAAGCGUGACGCAAAUUCAGUAUUGUGUAUUUUUGUGGGUCAUAAUUUGGGGAGCCAAUUUGGGAUUAAAAAGCAGGGUGUGAACAUGCACUCCUUUGCAGCUCAAGCUCUCUUAUUUAGGGGUAAGGUUCUGGAACUAUCAGCCUUGGGUUGUAAUGGUUCUUCCUGACCAAAGCCCCAAAGCAGAAUCUUAAAUGUGGAACUGCAAGCCUCAUUCUCAGAAAACCGUGUCUUUCUCUGGAGCAGAAGUAACCAAUACAGUGCUCUCCUCGCCAGUUGUUUUGUACUACAACUCCCAUCAGCCCCAGCUGGCAUGGUCAGUGGUUGGGGGUGAUGGGAGUCGUAGUCCAAUAUCAUCUGCAGUUUGGCUACCUCUGCUCAAGGGCCUUGUUUGAGUGGUGUUUUACGCCCUCUUUGAACAUUGAGGAAAACAUUCUUGACUUUUGCUCCUUGAGGGAAGUACCACAUAGGACGGUUUGCUUAGCAUUUCAUCCCAGUGUUUUUGCUUCCUGCUUUUCUCUGCCGCUCCCCACUUCCUCUUUGGAAUAAAGAGAAAGGAAGGCGCUCCCUUUUCCAGGAGAUGAGGACAUCCUGUCUUUGUUCUGGUAACAUACAUUACAUGACCAAAUGGUCCAGGACUAGGGAUCUGUAUUGGCCUUAAAGAAGCCCUGCUCUGGGUUUUGGUGAACUGAUACAGGCCAAAGUGGGAUGAAGCUGAAGAGUUAUGGGCACAGUCCCAUGCGUGAACAGGGACUCCUCAUCUUUCUUCGACGCCCUCCACUCCUUCUUAAAAGCUUCUCCUAAACGUCAGGAGGGACAUUCUGGUGUGGCACCCGAAGGGGCAUUAAGGACUGCCUCCCAUAAGGAAAAACUAGCUGAUGCCAUGCUAGUACAAGAACAGUAACACUCCCAUUGUGUUUCUGAGCAUAAUUCAAAGUGUUGGUGCUGACCUUUAAAGCCCUAAACGGCCUUGGCCCAGUAUACCUGAAGGAGCAUCUCCAUCCCCAUCGUUCAGCCCGGACACUGAUGGUCCAGCUCCAAGGGCCUUCUGGCGGUUCCCUCACUGUGAGAAGUGAGGUUACAGGGAACCAGGCAGAGGGCCUUCUUGGUAGUGGCGCUCGCCCUGUGGAACGCCCUCCCAGCAGAUGUCAAGGAAAUAAACAACUAUCUGACUUUUAGAAGACGUCUGAAGGCAGCCCUAUUUAGGAUAGUUUUUAAAGUUUGAUGUUUUAUCGUGUUUUUAAUAUUCUGUUGGGAGCUGCCCAGAGUUGCUGCAGAAACCCAGACAGAUGGGUGGGGUGUAAAUAAUAAAACUACUUCUUCUUCUUCUUCUUCUUUGCAUGCACACAUGUGUUUUUCUUUCCCUCCCCCUCAGUAAUAUUUAUUAAGUUUCAUACAAAUACAGCAAAUACUAUAAAAUCAAUGAAACAAACAUAAAAAAGCAAAAAAAGAAGAAAUAGAACACAUAUAACAGAUGAUAACCGAAAAUACAACCACAAACACUUAAAAAAUAAAAAGUUAAUUAAUUAAUUAAAUUUCCAACUUCUUAAACAUAUUACUUGACUUCCUCUAAUCUCUUCCAUCUGAAUUUCCUUGUAACUAAAUGUAGCAGUUUUCCAAUAUCAUUAUUCAAAAGCACAAUAUUCCGAUUAUGAUCAAAUUUCUUAACUUUUCUUAACAUUCUAUAUCUUAUUUAUUUAAUCUUAAUUUAUUCCUAUCAGGGAUGCGGGUGGCGCUGUGGGUGAAACCUCAGCGCCUAGGACUUGCCAACGUAUUGUCGGCGGUUCGAAUCCCCGCGGCGGGGUGAGCUCCCGUCGUUCGGUCCCAGCUCCUGCCCACCUAGCAGUUCGAAAGCACCCUUAAGUGCAAGUAGAUAAAUAGGUACCGCUCCGGCGGAAAGGUAAAUGGCGUUUCCGUGUGCUGUGCUGGUGCAGGCUCGCCAGAGCAUCUUCGUCACGCUGGCCACGUGACGCGGAAGUGUCUCCGGACAGCGCUGGCCCCCAGCCUCUUAAGCGAGAUGGGCGCGCAACCCCAGAGUUGGACACGACUGGCCCGUACGGGCAGGGGUACCUUUACUUUUACCUUUAAGUUAUUCCUAGGCCUGUUUAGUACCUUCAAGUAACUACUAAUCUUUAAUAUUACAAUAUUUGUUCAAAUAAUCUUUAAAUUUCUUCCAGUCUUCUUGAUUUUCCUCUUCUUUCUGGUCGCGGAUUCUCCCAGUGAGAUCAGCCAGCUCCAAAAAGUCCAUCAUCCACAUGUGCUUCUCUUUGGAUCAUGGUCUGCACUCUUAAUGCGCACUGUUUCCUUGUGUGCAUGCAUGCGCCAUCCAUCACAUUGCAGUGCAAUGCCCUGUUGCUGAUUCAGUGUGCCCCCUCCUCAUGGAUUGGGAACCUUUAGCUCUUGGUUGCCACAUCAUGGAGUUCUUAGUGUUUAUAGAAAUGGGAUUUUGAGAUGUAUGCCUCAGAGAAAAUGACACUUGAAACACACCCGGCGUGCAUUUGAACAGCACAGCCGGAAUGUCCUCUUCCGGCCCUUCAUCAUGUGACCGAUGAAACAUCAAUGUUUCCUUUGCAUGUGACCUCUAUGUGUUAGACUUGUGAGAGCACAGCUCUGUAUUAGUGAUUUAUUGCUCAUUCCAAGCCUGGCAGGAAGAGGUUAAUGUGGGGUGUUUUCCAGGGUUUGUGGAACGUACAGAAUGGUAAUCUCUUCAGAGCCAGCCCUAGCUUGUUUACAUAGCCACAUUAGUGCAUGGAAUGUGGACUCUUCCCAAGGUUCAGUGAUAGAAACUCAGAUACAGUGGUACCUUGUUUCUCAAACCUAAUCCGUUCCAGAGGUCUGUUCCAAAACCAAAGCGUUCCAAAACCAAAGCACGCUUUCCCAUAGAAAGUAAUGCAAAAUGGAUUAAUCCGUUCCAGACUUUUCAGAACAACCCCUAAAACAGCAAUUUAACACGAAUUUUACUAUCUAACAAGACCAUUGAUCCAUAAAAUGAAAACAAUAAUAAAAUAAAUAAAUAGGACAGUAUUGUAGAUGAUAAAAAUAAAAUUACUAUUUUUUCUUACCUGCACUGUUGAUAGUCAUUGUUUGGAUGGGGGGCUUUCAUCCAUUUCCGCAGCCAUAGAAUCAAUCGGUCAGUAGCUGAACUGGGUUCCCCACAGUCACAAAAGCAAAUGAACUGGAAAAGCCUCAAAAACAAAAACGCAAAAUAAAUAGCAAAAACAAAAGCGGCACACUUAAUCCAUUCCAGAAGUCCGUUUGACUUCCGAAAUGUUCGAAAACGCAGCUUCUGUUUCGUGCAGGUGCCCCAGAAACAAUAGCCGACAGUUGCAUCGGACAUUCGGCUUCCGAAAAACGUUCAAAAACCAGAACACACUUCCGGGUUUUUGGCGUUUGAGAACCAAAAUACCUCUGUAUACUGUAUUAGCUAGGCACCAAAUGGCUCCUUCAACCAAGAUUACAGUUGCCAUUUUGGAGCCAGACAGCUCGAAAGUCUUUUUUUCCAAUACUACCUCUUGGUUCCUGAAAUUGGUUCUGAUUGUGCAGAUGAAAUAUCGCAGAUAGAAUUCUGAAGGGUAUGUUGCUAGUUUGUGAAAACGGGCAAGAUCCAAGGAUCCCCAGGCAUGCACCUCGAGAUGGUGGAGACAUCGAGCACCGAAGAGUUGGUGGAAGAAGAUUGGAAGAAAUUUACAGUUUAUUUACAGAAACAUUGUAAAAUUAAGGAAUGUUAGAAGGAUGUUGGAAUGAAGUAAUGUGGUUUUAGCAGAAAUGCUAUAAAGGAUUAAGAAAAAAUAGAUUGCUAAAUGGUGAAAGGAGGGAAAGUAAAGUUACAUUAUAUUAAGAUAAAAUAGAGGACAAAAACUGGAAAAGAUGGAAAGGACUUGCUGAAAUAGCUAAUUGAACUAGAAUACAAAAAAGGGAGGUGUGAGGAGGUCAAGGAAAUAAGCAAAUGAAAGAUAAGUUAUGGGAAGAUUCAUUGUAUUUUUUUUCCUUUUCUUUUUUUCUUUCUUUUCUUUUUUUAUUGUGAUGUGAUGUUUUGUCUUUCUUUAAUAUGCUGUUUUUAAUUUCUAAUUUCUUCUUUUUGUAACCUUUUAAAAUUUAAUAAAUAUUAUUUUUUAAAAAAGAGAGAGACAUCGAGCACCAACCUGACACACGGGCAUAUUCACUUGGUCGCAAGUGUCUGAUAGCUAGGUGCAAACACCUGGUGAAUUUUGAAUGCUGUUCGCCUCAGGUGUCAAAAUGUCUUGGACCGGUCCUGGUGGUGUUUAAUAGCGCAUGAAACAUUGGUUAGGAACCUUUAGAAUUUUCUCUUUCACCAUUUCCGAUUGCUUGUGCAUUUUCUUGUGUACUCAUUUUGAAAGGUGCCAUUUUUGUGCAUGCCUUGAUCUUUGCCCUUUUGCUGUGGUUGUCUCAAUAACCCUUCACAGCUGUGCAAAUAGAAGUGAUGUCAGUGCUGGACCUCCAGCCACUCAGUUAACUUAUGGAGAAGCUUGGUGAGACAUUCAGUGAGUCAUUUAUUAGACAGUGUGUCCCUGCUUAAAUUUCUAGUAUCUGACUGCUGUAGGCAAGUAGUACUGCAGGUUUUCUGGAAGCCGAUCAAUGCCAUCUUGCUAUAAAACCAAUAAAAUAUUCUAAAGAAGGAUUUAAAAGCCCUGCAAAGUAUUUGAUCUUUAUGGUCUGCAGACCAAAUAAAAUGAGCUGGUUAUGAACCAAGUGUGGCUGAAUUCACACAGCAGGCUAUAUGUUUUCUAAAAUAGAUAAAAAUAGCUGUUAGCAAGAGCUUAGCUCCUCUAGAAACAGCAACUGUGACCUAAAUCGAAAAGAAUGUUCUGAUAGGGUUAAACCAACAACUGCUAAUCCCUUUCCCUAAAUCUCUCUUUCGAUCAUGCAUUAAAAAGGGAUCUGUUUGUCUCCCUCCCUUUGCAUCUUUGCAGUUCUGCAAAUUAAUAUAUUUUUUGCAUCUCUGCAGUUCUGAGGGCUGGAGCUUAGCUCCAGAGCCUGUCUGCUUGCAUAGCCAGUGUGGUUUAUAGUCGGGCAUGAUGAGAAUGGUUGUCCAAAACAUCUGGAGGGCACCAGGUUGGGGAAGGAUGCUUUGACAUCUGGCCUGGGAGGCAAAUGGGAAUUAAAUCUCCUUCGUCCCUUCCAUCCGCCAAGCCUUAACACAUGGGAUGGCUUCUAAGUUUGAGUCUAUCUCCCCCCCACCAUUCUCUUUAUGCCUUCCUAUAGCACCGACCUGCAGCUGUUUCUCCCUGUCCAGUAGUUUUUGGCAGGUACAGCAUCUUCCUACCUCCUGAAGCUUGGGGGGGGCUGUAUUUUCCUCUCUUCCUUUCACACCCCUAGCUGGUGAUUCUCCCUCAGCAGCAAGACCACUGUGUUCCAGACAUCUCCCCCUCCAGCCUUGCCUAUGUAGUGUUCCUGCUGGGGGGUGGGGGUGGGGGCAGGAAGCUAAGGAAGUGGCUGCUGACACUAUCCUCACCUCUUCCUUCUUCACAUAUUUGCUUUCGAUGACUUGAGAUUGGAAACCAACAGUACUGACACAGUGCUCAUCUUUUAGUGGUUUGGAGUAGGAAUUUUUUUCCUUUUCUAGUACAGUGGUACCUUGGUUCUCGAAUUUAAGCCGUGUUGGACGUUCGGUUUCCGAAAAACGUUUGCAAACCGGAACACUUACUUCCGGGUGGCAUUCGGGAGCCAACUUGCUCUGGAGCCAAGCUGUUUGUAGUACCUUGGUACUACAGCGGUACCUUGGGUUAAGUACUUAAUUUGUUCUGGAGGUCCGUUCUUAACCUGAAACUGUUCUUAACCUGAAGCACCACUUCAGCUCAUGGGGCCUCCUGCUGCCACUGCGCUGCCAGAGCACGAUUUCUGUUCUCAUCCUGAAGCAGAGUUCUUAACCCGAGGUAAUAUUUCUGGGUUAGCGGAGUCUGUAAGCUGAAGCGUAUGUAACCUGAAGCGUAUGUAACCCAAGGUACCACUGAACUGUAUUGUUCAAUGAGCCCUUUUAGGAAUGUUGUUGUGUUUUGCCUAAUCGCUGUUGGGUUUCUAAUUGAGCUUUAGCUGUUGAGCAUUGUUACAAAAGUUGGGGGUGCUCCCCCCACUCUCUGCCCAGCCGUGGCAGGAGCCUAUGGGGUUCCAGGGUCUGCAUUCCUUUUUUUUUUAAUGAUAUUUAUUAAAAUUUCAAAGAAUACAAGAAUUACACAAAAACAGAAAGUAAAAAUACAAGAAAAUACAAAAUACAGAAAAAAGAAUACAUGAAAAAUAAAAAGGAACAUACAAAAUAAAAACAAUUAAAAACACAUUAAUUUUCCCUAACAUAUCCUCCUUACACUUAUUUCCCCGGACCUCCUCGUGCCUCCCUUUUUUGUAUUCCAGUUCAGUUUGUUAGUUCAGCAAAUCCUUACCAUUAAACUUUAUUCAUUUGUGAACCUUUUUUUUUUCAUAUCUCCUAAAGCAUUACAGCUGGAAACCAUUUAGUUUCUAUCCAACAUCCUUCUAAAAUUCAUUAAUUUUACAAUAUUUCUGUAAAUAGUCUUUAAAUUUCUUCCAGUCCUCUUUCACCGACUCUUCUCCCCGGUCUCGGAUUCUGCAAGUCAUUUCCGCCAGUUCCAUAUAGUCCAUCAGCUUCAUCUGCCAUUCUUCCAGAGUGGGUAAAUCUUGUGUCUUCAGGGGGUCUGCAUUCCUUUAGAGAACUGAGGCAUGGCAGAGACCGUCAUAGCUUUAAGAAGUAUGGUUUAUUCACCUUCAGUUUGCACGAGAGUAUGGUCAUUUCAAGAGGGGCUUGUACCCCACAGCAGGGCCGCCUUGGAAUCCAAAGCAUCUCUCCAAGCCAGCUUGCAGCCAGCCUUCCCCAAAAGUAUCAGGGUCUUCCUUCCUUCUUCCCAGCAACGUUUUUUGUUUGUUUGUUUGUUUAAAAGUUUUUAUUAUUAAAAUAAUUCAACAUUAAUACACACAUAUUGUGAAUUUAAUUUAAUUUAAUUUAUACCCCGCCCUCCCCAGCCAAGACCGAGCUCAGGGCGGCUAAAAUCAGGUAUAAAAACAAUUGAUUAAAAUAAAAACAAGAUUAAAAUACUACUUAAAAUGCAGCCUCAUUUCAGCGGAAGCCCAGAUCAAAAACUGUUUGGGGGGGGGGAAGAAAUCUUCACCAAGGCCAACUAUCCAGAUUGGUCCUACGUGGGCCAGAAAAGCCAGGGAAGUCCCCAAAUAGAGGUUCCAUCACAGAAGGAAAAGGAAAGAGAGAGAGGGGAUUUAUAAGAUAAAAACUGUUCCCUUUCCCUUAUGAGGUAUUCCGGAGCCCGUAUAGAGUCCUUAAGUGGGUUCCCUAUUGGUAGGAGAAAAAUAACAGGCCAACCAGAGUAUAUUGAGAAGCAAAGCGGCUAGUAAGCCUGAUCUUUAUUAAAGGAACUGUUGCAAAAGGGUCUCCACUCACCACAUGCAGGAGGGAGGAGGAACCCACAACGAUGGUGUGCAAGCCCUUAUAUAGACUUUUGAAAUUGCCCACCCUGUAGCCCAAAACCACCCCCCUGAAACAUCAUACAUACAUCACAGAAGGAGGUGGUCUACAGCAGAAAUCCAGUCUGCCAGGAUACCUGAUAAUGGUCGCUGAUUGCUUUACCUGGGCAGCCUGGCCAUUGUUUUGUGAUGGUUAAUACUUUAGUUCCCGAGUCCAGGUCACAGGCUCACCGUAUUCAUACACAAAUACACCCUUAAGACAGGAUUUGCAAGCAAAAAGGCAAUGGGAAGGCUUUCCCCAUUUGCCUCCCUUACUGCAGAGGAACAUUUGAGGUCAUUGGAAGAGUCAAAAUGGCUUCAGGAUUACUCUCCCAUACGAUUUCAGACACAUGGUUCAUAUAUUUAUAUAUGUGUGUAUUUAUGAAUAUUCUAUAUUUGAGGGACACGGGUAGUGCUGUGGGUUAAACCACUGAGCCUAGGUCUUGCCGAUCUGAAAGUCGGCAGUUCGAAUCCCUGCAAUGGGGUGAGCUCCCAUUGCUCAGUCCCUGCUCCUGCCAACCUAGCAGUUCGAAAGCACACCAGAGUGCAAGUAGAUAAAUAGGUACCGCUCCGGCGGGAAGGUAAACGGCAUUUCCAUGCGCUGCUCUGGUUCGCCAGAAGCGGCUUAGUCAUGCUGGCCACAUGACCCGGAAGCUGUACGCCGCAUACAAUAAAGCGAGAUGAGCGCCGCAACCCCAGAGUCAGCCAUGACUGGACCUAAUGGUCAGAGGUCCCUUUACCUAUUCUAUAUUUGAGACCUCAAAAUUCUUAUAACAAACCCUUGCUCUCAAGACUCUUUUCCCCGUCUCCUCACACCCAGUUACCCUGGCAACCUUCCAAACCCCCAGUCUCUGUUCACACCUCGGGGUGUGUGACAAGGGCGAAGGACUGUUCUCUUGCAUUGCCGAUAGCCCUCAAUGGCCCUGUAUUUGGUGUUGCCCAGAGAAAAAGGCUUGAAAACCACUGGUUUAGAUGGCUUGCAGGUAUCCUAUCGCAGAAAUCCACCAGUCCCUUGAAAUCCAUUCAUGUGAUGCUGUUGCUUUGGGGGAGAUGGGCUGUGCGUCUUUUGAUGACAGUGGAGGAAGGUGUUUUGGGGUGGUGGAGAGGCACUGCCUUCUAACUAGCAUCUCACCAGCGUUUCCUUGUCCUCCUGCAGAUCUGUGCCCUUCUCUUUGCCAGCCUCUACAUCCUGUGCUACUUCAUCCUAACUCGCUUCAAAAGGCACACAGACUUCACAACAGGUAAGGUGGGGGCAGGAACUUGGGUGGACAGGAUCUAACCCCCUGUGUUCAUGUCUUGCUCAAAGUUUAGGUUUUUAAUAAAGGGUGGCUUGGAUUCCUUAGGGAGGAGGCCUGGGAAACAGCGUUUGUUCUCUGUUCCAGUAGAUGCCAACCCAGGUAAGUGUGACUGUGGUCCUACAUGCAUCCAAUGUUUGGGCAUGUUUGAGACAACAUCUCUGCUACAGCAAUGCUCUUUGGACAAGCUUUUGUGUCUCUAGGGUUUUUAUGCUUGAUAGGGCUUGGUGAUAUCUGGUUUUCUUUUUUUUCUUUUUUUAAAAAUUAUUAGAUUUUCUACAAACAACAAAGAAUAAAAAUAAACAACAACAUAUACAAAAGCAGUAUCAAAUCCAUGAAAUAGGAUUCUCUGAAUCCUUUGACUUCCCUCUACUCCCUUAGAUUUUCUUUUUCAGCUGCAUAUCAUUAGUACUCCGAGCGUCUUUUCCUCCAAAUUUUCCUAUACUAUCUCUACAAUUACAAGUGAUCUUAAAAGCCCUGCCAAUGUAUUAACCCGCUUACAAUACUUUUGCAAAAUACAUAAUAAACAUUUCCCAAUGUAUAUUUGGGGAUAUCUGGUUUUCAGCAUUGUGCUAUAUCACCAGUUUUUAAGUUGUCCAAAUAUAAACAAGUUAACUUAUUAAACUUAUUAUUAUCACCAUAAUUUCAUAAUUAUCAGUCUCUGUAUUUCUAAUAGGGUAACCAAAUCAGUAGUUUUUGACGUAACUGUAAAAACUACUCUGAAAAUUUAUUAUUCCAACCUUCAUCUGGUUGUAAAUAUUAAGAUUAUACCAGCAAGAAUGAGCCUUUCUGUAAAAAGAGAGAGAUUUAAAUCAAAUCUUACUGACUAGUGAUUUAAAUCAUGGUUUAAAUCAAAUUGAUUUAAAUCAAAUCCACCCUUGUGAAACUAUGGAAGACAUUGUGCCCCUUCUUCCCCAGCUAGGUCGCUCUAGGGAGGGGCUAUUCCCCCAUGUCUGACAUCUUUGCAGCAGCUUUCAUAUAUAUAUAUAUUUGCAGCUAAACCCUGUGGAAAAGGCCUUUUCCUUCAUGCUUCGGUUUGUUUACACUCGUUAGCCUAGUUGUCCCGGGAGUGGUUGGCCUAGGCAACAUGGGAACAUGGGGAGUACAGUUAUUUGAGAACCAUUUUCCAUCCCUGCAAAGGAGCACUGGAACUGAAUUUUAUGCAAUCUGAUGCUGGAGAUGACUUGCUAGGCACAGGGUCCAUGAUGAGACCAGGAAGAAGCCAUGCUCAGUUCCAGGUUGUGGGGGUUUUGCGCUUGGUUUCUAUGCCAACCCAAGGGUUAUUUCCCAGAAUGCUCAGUUCCAGCACAGGAGUAGUCAAGAGGAGUCCUGCUAGCCCAUAGAACUAAAGGCGCUGGAGUAAUUUCUGCACCCAAUUACCUGCAUUCAAAUCCCCUUUAUCAAGCAGUUGCUGUUCCCCUUGUGUUUCUAGCCUCCUCCUUACAUAGCUUUCAGCAGCGCUGCUCCUGAUUAUAUGGACAAAACGACACACAUGUGUCAAAGAGCAUAAUGCGCCGGCAAGGGAGCUGUUAAUAAAGGAGGAAUUCAAGACAGGGCCUUCUUGUGGUGGCACCUCAGCCCUGAUUAUCUUUGGAGGGGCAGGCAGUAAACCCUUUUUAUUUUGUUGAGCCUCCAGUAGUGUUGAAUUAGAAUAUGGAAACUUUACUUUUUUCAACCCUGUUUUUAAUCUUUGUUCUUAAUCUUUCUUUUACAUGAUUCCAUAACUUUAUAAAUUUGUUUAAUUUGAUUUUGGUGUAGUGGCAAGAGUGUCGUACCAGCAGCUCGGAGGCCAGGGUUCAAAGCCCCACUCCGCCAUUAAGCUCACUUGAAACCUCAAUGAAAUAAGAACAUUUUACUGCCUUGGGCCAGUCACAGCCUCAUAGCCGGAGGGUUGCUGUUGGGACAAAAUGGAGAAGGGGGGGGCGCAGAAAUUUGUAUGCCACUUUGAGCUGCUUGGAGAGAAGGUGGGAUAUAAAUUUAAUUAAUAAAUAAAAUUGUUUUUCGUUACUGUAAAACAUCUUUGGAGGGGCCAGAACGUGAUCUAGAAGUGCUCAAAUAAAACAGGAAUGGGUAUUUAUAGAACAGUGUCUGAGGAGGGGAGAGAAAUGGCUUGGCAGAGGAUGGAAAUAAGUCCUGCCUUCAGAAUUGCCUGUCCCCUCUCCCCCUUCCCUUAACUCUCCCCCCUUUACCCCCCCCCAGUUCCCACAGAAUAUAGUCUGCUACUUGCUGGGCGUUUUGCCAGUCCCAAAAUGGCAAUUAAGCAAAACUUCAUCACAAUGCAUCUGGGUUACAGGCAGCCGGACCCAGGAAAGAAUGGAUUAGUUCCAUUUCUCUAUAGGGAACUAAGUCUUUUCAGACAAUGUGUGCCUUGUAUUCCGGAUACCAAGGAGACCAGCUGCGCUCCGAAGGGCUUAACAUGGCCGCAGAAUGGGGAGAGAAGGGGGUUGCCGUUCCAUAAAAGCAGCUAGAAUGUUAGGGGCAUCUAUGUAGGAUUUCGUUUUUGGGUUUUUAAAGCUGCAUUAUUAAUAGUAAUUCAUUCCUGCCAAGCAACUGGUGCAAAUAUUCUUCUUCUUUUUUUUGAAAUCGUUUUUAUUUGAUUUUACAAAUAUAAAUUAAUUACAAUACCAGUUACAUACCCAUAAAGUGAGGUUGAAUCUCAAGACUUCCCCCCGUACCUUCCAUAUUGUCAACAUUUCCAACUGCAUCUUGUUUCAUAGCCUAUGUUUUAUCUAUCCAAAUUGUCCGCAGCAUUUGUUACAUUACAAGUGAGAUUAAAAUCCUGCUAAUGUUUUCCUCUGCUUACAGUGGUCUCCUAAAUAAAUUACAGUCAUACCUUGGGUUGAAGUAGCUUAGGGUUGAGCAUUUUCGGGUUGGGCUCCGCGGCGACCCGGAAGUAACACGUUACUUCCUUGUUUCGCCGCUCGCGCAUGUGCAGACGCUCAAAAUGACGUCAUGCGCGGAAGCGGCGAAUCACGACCCGCAGAUGCGCAGAUGUGGGUUGCGUUCGCUUCAGGAUGCGAACAGGGCUCCGGAACGGAUCCCGUUCGCAUCCAGAGGUAUUACUGUAUAAAAUUUUCCCAUCCUUUCUCUAAUUUCUUGUCUUAUUGGUCUCUGAGUUUCCCGGUCAGUUUUGCCAUUUCGGCGUACAGUGGUACCUCGGGUUAAGUACUUAAUUCGUUCCGCAGGUCCAUACUUAACCUGAAACUGUACUUAACCUGAAGCACCACUUUAGCUAAUGGGGCCUCCUGCUGCCGCCGCGCCGCCGGAGCACGAUUUCUGUUCUCCUCCUGAAGCAAAGUUCUUAACCUGAAGCACUAUUUCUGGGUUAGUGGAGUCUGUAACCUGAAGCGUAUGUAACCUGAAACGUAUGUAACCUGAGGUACCACUGUACUACAGUCAUACCUUGGUUGUCAAAUGGAAACCAUACCGGAAGUCUGUUUGUCUUCCGAAAACGUUCGACAACCAAGGCACAGCUUCCAAUUGGCUGCAGGAGCUUCCUGCACGCAAUCGGAAGCCGUGUCAGAUGUUCGGGUUCCAAACAACGUUCGCAAACUCACUUCUGGGUUUGCGGCAUUCAGGAGCCAAAACAUUCGAGUCGAGUCACAAGGCGUUGGGGUCUGAGGUAUAUUAGAUGUCAAUCUGUCAAAGGCUUGAUUUUUGAAAUAAAAGACCUGCUCUAGCAGGAACAUUAAUGAGACCAGGGCUGGAGCUCGCAUCCCCACGCAGCUGUGCAACAAACUGGGCCUGCCAACGUUUUGGGGUGCGAUCAACUUUGCAGGAUAAAAAGGGGCAGGGAAGAGAGUGGUGUCUGCCACCCUGAGCUCCUUAGGAGGAAAGUUGGACGUGAAUGUAAUAAGUGACGAUGUUCCUUCUUUCUUAGUUGAUGAAGAUGCUGCUGUCAACAGAAUUGCGUAAGUUCCUUUCCUCAUCAUUCCUGGUACUUAAAAUUACUGGCAUCCUUUUUUUCCUCUCUCCCAUCCUCCUGCUUUACCUCCCCUGCCCCCCGUACAUAUGUUUAAAAAAUGUUUUAUGUAUAAUCUGUAAAUAGCUGAACAAGAAGCCGACUAUAAAUGACAAUUAAGGCUGCAAUCCACACCUGCCUGGAAGUAAGUCCCGUUGAAUUCAGCCGUGCUUACUUCGGAGGAAACAUGCAAAGGACUGUACGCUCAUUACUUGUUGAAUUUGUUGGCUGAAAAAUGGAGCAGAAUCCUUCAGUUUCAUGCAUUUUGGGGGUAUACUUUUAAGAAAGGGUGUACUGGAGGCGUUCUCAGCCAGAUAAGACAAUUACACAUUUUCUGUGACCAUUGUUAAAAUGCAGGUUCUUUUUAGUUCUCUCAUAUCUGUACGUGUAUUAUGGUCACCAGUUGAUCUUUAAUGUCUGAGAUGGGCAGUAUCCAAUUGAUGUGUCGUGUCAGCACCAGGAUUCCUGCUUGCACAACAGAACUUCUCUUCCCAAAUAGCCACUAAAUCUCUACUAGGGGUUAUCCCAACCCUCCAGAUCAGAUUUGGGGAGGGUCCAGGGAGUUGGAAGGGGGAAGCUUCACUGUACAAGUGGAAAUUCUUCUGAUGACAGGAUGUGUUAGAUUCUGCCCUGUGUCUCACCUACAUUUAAGGAGAUGAUUCACAAGAUACAUUUCUAUAUGGGUAAAAAGGCACUUAACAUAUCUCUCUCUCCUCUCUCUCUCUCUCUCUCUCUCUCUCUCUCUCUAAUUUUUAUUAAAUUUUCUGUUUAACAAUUUAGAAUACUCAUUUAAACAACCUUAAAAUAACAAUGACUUCCCUUCUUCUCUUUCCAUGGUUCAUUUUGGAUAACAUAAAUCCCUGCAUAUUUUACAUAAACUAAACCAUUCAGUAUUCCAUUAUUACAUCCAUCAAAACUUCUUUACACUGUUGAAUUAAGUUAACAUGUCUCCUUAAACUCAUAUACAGUCAUCAACAGACUCCCAAAAGUAGUCAAGGAAAGCUGCAGCCAUUCUGUGGUCAUUAGACACCUUGGGCUGCAUUUUAUUUUGUUUUAUGCAUACAUAGACACUUUUGCAAUAGCAGUUCCAUAGUAUGUAUUUUUUAAAAACAUUGGGGCUUCUCUAUCUGUGGAGCAUCUUGGGCCUCCUGCUGCUCACCUUCAUUCCUGCUGUGGAAGAAAUGUUAUUCGCUUGAAAGGGGGCAGUGGGUGGGUGGAAAGCUGUCAAUCGUGAGACACAGGUUUUAAACCCCCUUUCUUUGCUCUGCUCCCCAGACUCUGGCUGUGCACCUUCACCUUGGCAGUAUCUCUAGGAGCUGUGCUCCUGCUUCCCUUCUCCAUCAUCAGCAACGAAGUUCUGCUUACCUUCCCACAAAACUACUACAUCCAGUGGCUCAAUGGGUCCCUCAUCCACGGUGAGCUCCAUGCUGUGGCUUGUACAUUCGACCGCCUGGGUCUUCAGUGUGCUGCUCUAUGGGAAGAGAGAGCAACUAGGGGGGUUAGAGGUUGUAAAGACUGUGGAGAGAAUAAUUGGGUUCACUCUUCCCACCUUGGAUCAAAUCUAUGCUUCCAGGUGCCAUAAGAAAGUGCAGAGAUAGCGCAGGAUAGUGCGCACCCCAGAAAUGAUCUCUUUCAGCUUCUGCCUUCUGGAAGAAGGUACAGGGUUAUAAAGACUAGGACUAGCUGCCUGAGAAACAGGUUCUAUUCCAAUGCGUUUUUGGUUUUAAACGCAGUGUAAGGUAGUCCCUAUGGGAGUGUAUUGUAUUUAAUUAUGGGGUAUCAAGAGUUUUUAGGGGGCUAACCAGGUUUCUGAUGUCUGAUGUAGAUUUUCAAUUUUGUUGUUCUGUAUGGGACAAUGACAAUAAAGAUUAUCGUAUCGUAGAGAGAGCAGUUGUGUGGCAUUGCCUCUUCAGCAAUAGCCUGGGAUAUUAUUUGCUGAAUACUUCCCAUUACACUGAAAAUGACUGUGGCUUCCAGGGCAUUAAUUGGAUUUCUGAGUACCCCAGCCGUGAGACUCCCGGGUGGGGAGACUUUAGUUUAGCUCAGACAAGUCAUAAGAAGCAAGCUACCUUUUCUUUAUUUCCAGCAGGGUUUCCCAAAUUUGGGUCUCCAGCUGUUGUUGUUGCUUUGGACUACAAUUCCCAUCAUCCCUGACCAGUGGUCUUGCUAGCUAUGGGUGAUGGGAGUUGUAGUCCAAAAAAACCACAGCCAGAGACCCAAGCUUGGGAAACGCCGAUAUACAGUUGUAUCCCACCCUUCCAGCAAGGAAGUUCUCCCCCUCUCCAUUUUUAUUCUCACAACCACCCUGUAAGGUAGGUUAGGCUGAGGGUUGGGAGGGGGGCAUCCACCGCUGGUCAGAUAAGAAGGAAGGAAAGCUUGAACUGUAUAUCCAUAGAGAUAUAUAAUUUGCCAUUGCUUAAACCAGGCCUUCUCUCUCGUUCCCACCAGGGCUCUGGAACCUCGUCUUCCUCUUCUCCAACCUCUCCCUCGUCUUCCUCAUGCCCUUUGCCUACUUCUUCACCGAAUCCGAAGGUUUUGCGGGAUCAAAGAAGGUAACAGCUGCCCUUCUGCUCUCCACCCUUCCUCCUCCCCCAGAUUCAAAGCAGCGAUUGAUCCUUUUUUUCCUGUCACCUCCCCUUUUUCCAGGGGAUCAUGGCUCGCGUCUAUGAGACGUUUGUGGUCCUCCUGCUGCUGACCCUGUUGGUGCUGGGAAUGGUCUGGGUCGCAUCUGCCAUUCUGGACAACAACGCAGCCAGCAGAGAGAGUCUCUAUGGUGAGUUUGUGUCCCUUAGCUCCCUUUCCACUUUUCCCAGGGUUUGUGUCCAAAAGCAAGGAAGGGAGACUGGAACCCAAUCUGUGUGCAAGGCUCAGUCAAUAUUGCUAGAUAUGCAUCAGAUUGAACUCUUGGCCACCUGGUCUGCAUACUGCCAGCAGUAACUGGAAGCAGUAUGGUCAGAUAUAUUUUUUUUGGGGGGGGGGGAGCCUUUUUGACCAGAUGGGCCAGAUCUUUCUCUUCCACCCCAGUGAAUUUCUUUAUUUUUACUUUGUUAUUGUACUUCACCCUCUUAAUCUAUUACAAUAUUUGUUAAGAAUUGAUUCCAAAUAUCAUUGAACUUGUCCAUGGCAAGUCUUCAUUUAUAUGCAAGUUGUUCGUAUGUUGCAAGUUUGUGUAAGUUCAAUCAUAGAAGGGAGCCACAUUUUUAUUUUUCCAAUUCAUCAGGAUGAGUCUUUUUGCUGUGGUAAGGGCAUGGAGAGUCCACUUGUAUUGUCCUUUUGUAAGGUUCCAUGUGCUGGGUAUAUAAUUCAAGAGGAUAUUUUGCUCUGUAAAUGUAAGGUUGUUCCGUACAGUUCUGGUGAUGGUUUCAGUUACCUUCUGCCAAAAAUCUAUCAAUAUAGGACAAUAAAAAAACAUACGUUUUAGAGAAGCAUUGUCUUUAUUGCAACUCUGGUGGUUAGAUACCUUAGAUAGCCCUAUUGUAAAACAAAAUUAAUGGGGUCCAGCAUAUAUUCACCCAGGCCGCAGGUGGCGCUGUGGGUUAAGAAGGUCAGAAGGUCGGCGGUUCGAAUCCCCGCGACGGGUGAGCUCCCGUUGCUCGGUCCCUGCUCCUGCCAACCUAGCAGUAUUAAUAUUAAUAAUAAUAAUAAUAAUAAUAAUAAUAAUAAUAAUAAUAAUUGCUCCAAUGAGCAUCGUGGCCGCUGAAUUCUGCACCAGUUGAAAUUUCACCAGCUGUUAGGUGUUGGGCAGGUGGGGCAAAUGGCCUUGUCUGAGGGCUGUAGGCUCCCCACUCAAGCACUGCCCCCUGGUGGCCCGUUUUAUUUGCCCGAACCGCACAUUGACUGCCUUUCUUUCUGCAGACUUAUGGGAAUACUACCUCCCCUACCUCUACUCGUGCAUCUCCCUGUUUGGUGUGCUGCUGCUCUUGUGUAAGUCAUUUGGUUUUUUUUAAAUGCAUAAUUAUUAUUCCUACUAUUGGGAUGCUGCUGGGAGGAAGGAGAACUCAGUGCCAGGAUCGCAGAUCCGAUCCGGAAGGUUAGAGAGGGGUCCUAAAUGCCUGGGGUUGAAUUGCCAUCUCCACAGGGUCUGUUGGAUAAACAAUGUAUUCUGAGCUUUGUUUGCAUUUUUAAAAAAGGGGGGUGUAUGUGAUGUUUUGUAAGGAGAGGGAAGAUAGCUGCUCUACCACUGAGCUAUCUUUGCUGCACGCAGAAGAUCCCAGGUUUAAUACCCAAAAUCUCCAGGUAGGACUGGGUGAGCACCUGUCUGAAACCCUAGAGCCAUCCACUAGCCCAGGGGUCUGCAACCCGCGGCUCCGGAGCCGCAUGUGGCUCUUUUACACCUUUGCCGCGGCUCCGGGGCGGAUACUAGCGAGGGGAGGAGGCGCAUUGUGCGCCCCGACACUCUCCACUGUGGCGGGCGCUGUACUGGCUGUGACGUCGCAUGGGGGCGGUACGUGCGUUAGUCACGCACCGUCCCGACGUCACCUUCCCGCCCGCUGUCAGAUCGCGGCUCCGGAGAUAUAUUUGUUUUAAAUGUCGCAAUGGUUUUGCGGCUCCCAGGUUUUUUUUCUUCAGAUACGGGUCCAAGUGGCUCUUUUUGUCUUAAAGGUUGCAGACCCCUGCCCUAGCCCUAUACCUGUCCUGUAUAAUACAGGAUUGUCCCGUAUUUCAGUGUAAAAUGGCACAACUUGUAUUGAUACAGUUUUGUCCUGUAUUUCACUUCUUUCUUUCUUUCUUUCUUUCUUUCUUUGCUUUUCAAAUUUAUAUGUUUCAUUAGUUUUACUUUUUUUUAAAAUAAUUUUUUUAUUAGGUUUUAAACAAAGAAAAAAGAAAAACAACACACACAAAAAAAACCAAUACAAAACUUAACAAUAAAAUCACAAAACAUAACAAUUAAAAACAAACUCUCUUUUCCAUUCCCAAUUUUAAAUUACUUAUUUUCUGGACUUCCUCAUGCCUCUCUCUUUUGUAUUCCAAUCCACAUUAUUUGUCCAGCAGUUUCUUUUCCACUUUUUUAAUCCCAAUCUUUAAUUUAAUAAAAUGUUAAAAUAUAUAACUUCAACUUUUUUUAAACCUAAUCCUUGCUCUUAAUGUCAUAUAGCUUUAAAUUUUUCCCUUUUAUUAUCAAAUUUCCAUUUCUUUAUAACAUCUUAAUCUUAAUCUUUUUAAUCUUAAUCUAUCCUUAACUUUAACCUGUGCAGCUGGAAACCACUUAUUUUCAAUCCAACAUCACUCUAACAUUCCUUAAUUUUGCAAUGUUUCUGAAGAUAGUCUUUGAAUUUCUUCCAGUCUUCCUCCAUCGACUCUUCUCCCUGGUCACGGAUUCUACCAGUCAUUUCCGCCAAUUCCAUAUAGUCCAUAAGUUUCAUCUGCCAGUUUUACAAUCAAUUUAACAUUUCAAAAUUUGACUUCUUUCCCCUUCUUUCUGCGGUUCCUUGAAUUUAUUUUUUAAUACCUUCUGCAUAUCCAAGUUCAUUUAACCUGCUCAUUUAAUUAUCUACUGUAAAUAUAUACUGCAGGUUAUUACAAUAAUCUUGCUAAUGUUUUUAUCUGUUUACAAUUUAUCUGUAAAUAUUCAAUAAACCAUUUCCAUUCUUUUAUUUAAAAAAAGUUUGUUAUCUUGAUUUCGUAUACCAUUUCUGCAUAUUCCAUAGGUUUUUGUAUCCAUUCCUCCUUUACUGGGACUUCUGCUUCUUUCCGCUUUUGGGAAAGUAACAUUCUUGCUGCUGUUGUAGCAUACAUAAAUAAAUUUCUAUACGAUUUAGGUAGUUCUGUCCUUAUAAUUCCCAAUAGAAAAGCUACUGGGGAUUUAAAUAAAAAUAAAAGUUAUUUUGAACAUCCUUUUCAAUUCAUUAUAUAUCAUUUCUCUCUCUCUCUCUCUCUCUCUCUCUCUCUCUCUCUGCCAAGUUAGGGCUCCCCCCCCAAAUGCAUAUGUUUGAAAAAGGGUGUGUAAAAGAUCAUAUGCCAAGCACAGACACGUCAACAAAUCAAUGUGUAUGUGUGUGCACAUGUGUGAGUGUGACAAAUUCCAGAGAGGGCAUCUUGUUAGGCUGCAGUAGAUUGUAACGGAUUGCUUUGAAGUCAUUUCAGCACCAGAUUUUUUUUGGGGGGGGUGGGGAAUCACCCCCUAACUGCCCCGGCCCACCCUGUCCUGUAUUUUGUCCGAACAUAGGUGGCAAUUCUUGACCCAGGCUACUUUUUUUUUUUUUUGUAUGUGUAUCUCUCUGCGUAGGAAACAGAGGGAUAGAAAUGCUUGCCGAAUAGCUUUGUGGCGGAAGUAGGAAAUGACUAUUUUCCCUUGAGCAAAAUUCUUGCUCUCUCGCUUUGGGUGUUGUCCUGAUCGGGGAAAAACAGUGCUCCUUUUUUUUCAAGAAGAAAAAAAGUUGGUUACUCAGCAUGAAGUUGUUACAGUCAGUGCCGCACUUUUAACAUUCAGGGGGCACUGAGUACCCAUGAGUACCUACAGCAACAACAACAAAAAAGCACUUGGAGAAUCUAUAUUCCAAGGAUGGUCUUAUAAUCUCCCUUGGCUUUCUGCCGGAGGGUGUGCCUUGAGCUCAGAGAGUGUUUUUGAAGCUUCCUGGAGCUCGUUCUUCAUUGGAUCCAAACAAAACAAAACAAAACAAAACAAAACAAAACAAAACAAAACAAGAACCUAUUAAAUGUUAGACAGGGAUGACGGCAUCUCUGCAAAGAGCCCCAAACCAGAGAUUUUGUUGCACUGCGGAAUGAGGACACUUUUAAGUACAGGUUUUUUGAGGCCAGCUGGAUCCCCAGAGUUGCAACAGUUUCCAAGAGAUUUUCUGUGUGUGUCUGACCCUGUGGAGGCCUGUUUCCCCCCUCUUUGAGCCUUGCCGGUUCUUGCGCUUGGAGAAUGGUGCCACCUCCUGGCAGAAGGUUGCCGUGAUGGAAUUACAUGCUGGUGCUGCUGUUUACAACUCUUUUUCUUCUUCUCUUUCUCUCCCUCCACAGUGUGCACCCCCUUUGGCCUGUCACGGAUGUUCACCGUCACAGGGACACUGCUGGUGAAGCCCAGGGUAAGAGCAGGAGAAGCUUUUUGGACUUGCCAAGCCUAGUAGAAGGGAUGCGGGUGGCGCUGUGGUCUAAAGCGCUGAGCCUCUUAGGCUUGCCGAUCAGAAGGUCGGCGGUUCGAAUCCCCGCGAGGGGUGAGCUCCCAUUGCUCUGUCCCAGUUUCUGCCAACCUAGCAGUUUGAAAGCACGCCAGUGCAAGUAGAUAAAUAGGUACCGCUCCGUUGGGAAGGUAAACGGCGUUUCUGUGUGCUCUGGUUUCCAUCACGGUGUUCUGUUGCACCAGAAAUGGUUUAGUCAUGCUGGUUACAUGACCCGGAAAGCUGUCUGUGGACAAACACCGGCUCCCUCAGUCUGAAAGCAAGAUGAACACUGCAACCCCAUAGUCGCCUUUGACUGGACUUAACCAUCCAGGGUUCCUUUACCUUUUACCAUUACCUUUUAGUACAAAAGAGAAGAGGGAAAUGAUCAACAAAGCAACCUGGUUACGUCUCACCAAACGUUCUUAGUUGGGAGUGGGAAACAGAAUAAGCAGCAGCAGGAUAGAUGACACUGUCUAGAUCAGGGAUUGGGAAGUCUCGGGCCCAGAGUCUGAAAGCUGCUCUCCAGACCCUCCCUCUGAGUCUUAGGGAGCUCUUUGCAGGCCAUGCCCCUCACAGACCCGGCUCUGCCCCCUCCUCAGGUGCUUUUACCUGCCUAGAACGUGUCCUUAACACCUCUGCCUAGCCUGGGUGGCAGGUGUGUGUGCGUGUGCCUCAGCCCAGUAUAUCUGAAGGAGCGUCUCCACCCCCAUCGUUCACUGAGGUCCAGCUCUGAGGGCCUUCUGCUGGUUCCCUCACUGUGAGAAGUGAGGUUACAGGGAACCAGGCAGAGGGCCUUCUCAGUAGUAGCGCUCACCCUGUGGAACACCCUCCCAUCAGAUGUCAAGGAAAUAAACAACUACCUGACUUUUAGAAGACAUCUGAAGGCAGCCCUGUUUAGGGAAGUUUUUAAUGUCUGGUGUUUUAUUGUGUUUUUAGUAUUCUGUUGGGAGCUGCCCAGAGUGGCUGGAGAAACCCAGCCAGAUGGGCGGGGUAUAAAUAAAAACUAUUAAAUUAUUAUUGUGUGUGUGUACAUCAGAUUUUUUGCAUGACUAGGACAAUGCAAAAACAGCUCUGUAAAUAGUAAGAGGCCCAUGUCUUUCAUCCAGUGGGUGGGGUUGUUAGUGCUCUUGAUUGUCUAGUUUCUCUCAUACGUUUUCCUCUUUUUCUGUAGCUGCUGGAGGAUUUAGACGAGCAACUGAACUGUACAGGAUUUGAGGAAGCUGCCAUUUCGCGUAAGAUCCACUCUGGUAAGUGUCCAGCCGAGAUGGUACAAAGCUGGCCGGAAAUGGCUGAUUUGGCACCUGAUUUGGUUAAUGCCCUGAAAGUAAAGCUGCUAGAUGUGGGCAUUGUGGCUGAUAAAGGUGGUUCUUUCUCUGAGUAUUGGUGUAGAUAUUAUCUAUAUAUCUAUAUAUAUUUAUAUUUAAUUGUCUUUGCAUUGCACAGGGAAAACCUCCUGCUGGCUCAACUUUGAUAUGGAAGUGCUGAGGCAACAAUACCUAGCGAUUCACGCGCACAGGAUAACGCUGGGUAAGAGCAAAGCAGGGCAAAGGCAGGAGCUCUUUAUCUUAAAUAUGCCCCAUGUAUCUAAUUUAUCACUGGACAGUUGUGGGAUGUGGGAUUAAGCAUCCUUAGAUUGUUGUCUGCAUUAUUAAAAUUACCACCAUGAUUCCUAUCAUCCAGUCUCUGUAUGAUGAUGUUUGCAGUUUACUACUCUGGAUGUAGUUUGCAGUUUAAAAAAACAAAUCCAAGAAAGAAUGAAGUGGUGGCUGGAUUGAUUAUGCAGAUCAAACAAAUCCAGAUUAGCAUACCUUUAAAGCUACCCAUCCCAGGCUUAAUAGGGACAUGGGUGGCGCUGUGGGUUAAACCACAGAGCCUAGGGCUUGCCGAUCAGAAGGUUGGCGGUUCGAAUCCCCAUGACGGGGUGAGCUCCUGUUGUUCGGUCCCUGCUCCUGCCAACCUAGCAGUUCAAAAGCAUGUCAAAGUGCAAGUAGAUAAAUAGGUACCGCUCCUGUGGGAAGGUAAACGGCGUUUCCAUGUGCUGCUCUGGUUCGCCAGAAGCGGCUUAGUCAUGCUGGCCACAUGACCUGGAAGCUGUAUGCCGGCUCCCUUGGCCAAUAAAGCGAGAUGAGCGCCGCAACCCCAGAGUCGGCCACGACUGGACCUAAUGCUCAGGGGUCCCUUUACCUUUACCUUUAUCCCAGCCCUAGGAUGUUCUGCAUUUAAUUACCUGUAUGAUGCGGGUCAGAGAAUUUGGCUGGGGCAAUGUCUAGUUAUCAACUCCCUAUUUUGUGUUUUGUUUUCGCAGAAACACGCCGCAAAGCCUCAGCUUGGCAAAGGAACUUGGGAUACCCACUGGCCAUGCUUUCUUUGCUAUCUCUAACGGUAAAUGUCAGGUCUGAAAUUGGGGAUCUGAAAUUGGGAGAUAGGCGAUCGCAAUCUCUUGAGGCAGAAAAAAUGAAUGUCAGAAAACAGCAGCCUUCGCUUUGCGAUCUCUGUUUGCUGCCAAGCAGCCACUUGCAGAGGAUUCUGGGAAUGCAUUCAACAACAGUCUGCCAUUUUGGACUGGCCUGAAGGGCCAAGCCAUCAAAAUGGCGAUCGCCUGACGCAGCGUGAUUGGUGCUGCAGCCCAAACAGUGGCUGGGCAAAGGCCUCUUCCCGCUUUGCACCUCUCCAGAGAAGGAAAUUGUGUUCCACUGGGCGGUCCUGUGCUGCCAAGGUGCUCUGAUCGCCCCAGGUAGCCAGGCCCCUGCAGAGGUUACAUUUGCCCUGGGCCUCAGAGGGCUAAGCUUGCCAGGGUGGUGCUGCUACGGGCCUGUCAGACUUACGCUGUUUCAGUUUAUAACUUUAUUCUAACAAGACUCCCAGCCCCGGGCCUCAGUCAAGCUCCUCACAGGCCUGGCCAGGCCCACCCCUGGUCUUCUCCCCUCUCUUCUUGGAGAGUUUAGCUGGGGUGGGAAUUUCUGUGCCAUCCCACUUGGUCUCUGCAGCUCUGAGGCUGAGAAGAAGGCCCGUAGCUCGACAGGCAGCGGUGGUUCCCUCACGUCUGUGAGCGAAAGCGCCAAACCCGUUUCCUAGAGGCUUGGCAAUGGGUGGAGUGGAGUGUGGGUCUGUCAGCGGAGCCUCUUGCUAUAGGGAGCCAAGCUUUUGGUUUACUGAUUCUGCAGGCGAGUACAUGAAUGUCCCAGAAAUGAUACUGUCCUUUCCCUGUACUUUUGGUGGCUUCCUUGCAUUUAUGGAAAGCUCCUUGCUUAGACAAUAUGUGUUAAAAGAUGCCUGGACCAGGGAAUUUCUGUAUGUUGUGCUGUCCUUUUUUAAAGGCCCAAACCAGGGCUGCCUACCAGUUCUGAAGGCUAGGCUCUGGCUUCCCUCUUGGAGGCAGUCUUGCCUCUGAAUACCUACUGAUGGAAGCUGCAGGAGAAAAGAGUGCUGCUGCGCUCAGAUCCUACUUGCAGGCUCCCUGUAUGUAUUUGGUUGGCCACUUUGAGAGCAGAAUGCUGGACUCGUUGGGCCACUGCUCCAUCAGGCUCUUCUUAGGUUCUUAUGCUGGUGCUAUAUUGAUAGAGACGCGGGUGGCGCUGUGGUCUAAACCACGGAGCCUCUUGGGCUUGCCGAUCAGAAGGAUGGAGGUUUGAAUCCCCAUGGUGGCGUGAGCUCCCGUUGCUCUGCCACAGCUCCUGCCAACCUAGCAGUUCGAAAGCACACCAGUGCAAGUAGAUAAAUAGGUACCACUGCAGCGGGAAAGUAAACUGCGUUCCAUUGCAUCAUCGUGUUCCGUUGCACCAGAAGCGGUUUAGUCAUGCUGGCCACAUGACCCAGGAAGCUGUCUGUGGACAAACACCGGUUCCCUUGGCCUGAAAGCGAGAUGAGUGCCACAACCCCAUACAGUGGAACCGCAGGUUAAGAACUUUGUUCCGGUAAUUUGUUCCGGAGGUCCGUUCUUAACCUGAAACUGUUCUUAACCUAAAGCACCACUUUAGCUAAUGGGGCCUCCUGUCGCCGCCGUGCUGCCUCUGCGCAAUUUCUGUUCUCAUCCUGAAACAAAGUUCUUAACCCGAGGUACUAUUUCUGGGUUAGCGGAGUCUGUAACCUCAAGCGUCUGUAAUCCGAGGUACCACUGUAGUAGUCUUUGGCUGGACUUAACCAUCCAGGGGUCCUUUACCUUUACCUUAUAUUGAUAUCUUCCCCCUUCCUGCUAUCUUUUCCAGGGCAUCUCUGUUCUGGUUGUCUGUUUUCAUGUCUUGGAGCUGCUGUUGGAUGAUGCGGCCAUGCCUCGAGGGAUCCAGGUAAGAGAAAUGACCCCUUUGCCAGAGUCUCCUAAGCCAUCAUUUGUACUGGAGUGUUCUCCAGCCGCUCUCUCUUCAUGGCUCAGGCUUCUUAUCUCACCCUGCUGAGUUGCUUAAUUUCUCUGAGCUACUAUUUCACUUGCAAGACAUAGAUUAAAUUCAAUGGUUCAAGAGUCUUAGCCAUUGUGAUGCCUACCUUGCAGGCGUCUAGACCACUGUUCGAAACUCCCAUUGUUCCAGGCGCAUUUUGCAACAGGGAAUUUCAUUAGCACGAGCAGUUUCUGUGCUCUGGGUGCAGUACUGUGCCUGAGAUUUCAGAUUAAAACUGCAGAGUGGAAGGAAAGGAGGACCUUUUUCUGCCUCCCCACUUCCAGUUACUCUCUGAAGACUGGAGAAGAGACCCUCUUAAGGAUAUUAGAGGGGUGGGCAGGGGAAGGACUAAACCAUGUGAAAAAUGAACAUAAGAUUUUAGCUGCAGUUCAUUCAUUUUCAGCUUUGUAUUCUUGUUAUAAAAAAGUGCACCCAUAACCUCAGUUUAAGGUGCCAUUUAGCUCCUAGUUUUCGUAUCUCACUUUCUAACACUGGUCUAGACUGAUGGGUACACUGCACCAAGAUAAGUCUAACUUGCAGAAAGCAUAUUGUUUUAUUCAGCUCCUCCCUCCCCAAAGGAACCUAAUCACACAUUUCUCCUUUUGUCUCUCCCUUCCCAGGAUGCACCAUUGGGAAAAGUUUCUUUCUCUGUCUUUGGCUCUUUUGGGGCAGCCAUGCAAGUGAUCCUCAUAUUGUAUCCUUUGCAGUUUGUCCAUUUUGGAACUUCCCUCCUGCACCGUUACUUUGUGAUACGAAGAUUGCUGGGCAGGUUCCACUGUCAAAAAAGUUGCUUCUCCAUUGCAGGUUUCUCUUAACCUUCUCCUUGUUAGCCAAAACGUGUGACUCUCUCCUAAGGUUAAUCUGCUCUGGCCUGUCCUACUUCAUCAUCAUCAAGCAGCACUGCUGUGAUCGUCAGACUCUGGCAGGGCAAGACCUUCCUUGCCCUGAAGACUCAUUUCCUGAGCAUCAUACAGUGGUACCUCGGGUUAAGUACUUACUGUAUUUUUCGCUCUUUAAGACGCACCAGACCACAAGACACACCUAGUUUUUGGAGGAGGAAAACAAGAAAAAAAUAUUCUGAAUCUCAGAAGCCAGAACAGCAAGAGGGAUCACUGCGCAGCGAAAGCAGCAAUCCCUCUUGCUGUUCUGGCUUCUGGGAUAGCCGCGCAGCCUGCAUUCGCUCCAUAAGACUCACACACAGUUUCCCUUACUUUUUAGGAGGGAAAAAGUGAGUCUUAUAGAACGAAAAAUACGGUAAUUCGUUCUGGAGGUCUGUUCUUAACCUGAAACUGUUCUUAACCUGAAGCACCACUUUAGCUAAUGGGGCCUCCUGCUGCUGCCGCGCCGCCGGAGCACGAUUUCUGUUCUCAUCCUGAAGCAAAGUUCUUAACCCGAGGUACUAUUUCUGGGUUAGUGGAAUCUGUAACCUGAAGCGUAUGUAACCUGAAGCGUAUGUAACCUGAGGUACCACUGUAGUAACAUUUCUGUUCUGAGCCUUACUUCUGUGGAAAGGGGGGAUGCGAAAGGUUUGUUUUAAAGAGGUUUCUCUGUCCAUGAUUUGUGUGUGCGCACACAUGCUUCUCUUCGGAAGUCCUGCUUCCCCAGUCUGUUCUUGGUGAUGACAAUUUCUCCAUCGUUCUUCCUUAACCCUCUGCUGUAUUAGCUACCUAAUGAUUUCCUCCGUGGUGGGAUUCUACAGCUCCCCACUGUUUACCAAACUGCUGCCUGAGCAACAUGACACAGCCAUGACCAAGGUGCUGUAUAUAUCUGGCUGUUUUGUUUUGUUUAAAUUGACACCACUGUCGCUGGCGACAUCCCUGGCCAACCCAUUGCCUGAGCCGCUUGGCUGGAAAAAAGCAGAAAUACAAAAACCGUUACAUCUCAGCUGCUGGGAGAGGGGGCGGUCAUUUACAGCAUGUUAAUAAUGGGAGCUCCUGAUCUGAAAGCAGGAAAUCUCAAAGAAAUUGGGAGUCAGAGAGGCUGUUAGUGAGUAGGACUUGGUGGGUUUUUUAAAUGGUUCAUUCUCUGCCUUUAUUUUUUUAAAUUUUAUUUUGACAAAGUAAUAAUCAUAAAUAAAUAAGAAUAAAAAUGUGCACCCCACCACCGAGACCACUCCAUUGUAACUCCCCACCCUCCCAAAAUUUCAACACCUCUUGUGAUGGUUUGACCCCUUUCCAUUUUAACAGUACUAAUUCUACAAACACCCUCAAAAUCAUUUCUCCUGCAUAUUCCCCGUCUUACCUUAAUGGCACAUGUUAAUAGCUAUAUCCCACACCUCUUUAUACCAUUCUUCCAUUUUAUAUUCUGCUUGCCCCUUCCACUUACUAGCUAUCAUAAUUCGUGCAGCUGUCAAUCAAUUUGUGAGCAAGUCCUUCAUAGCCUGCAAACCUCCCACCCCGUUGUAAAUUGAUAAUAGCACUACCUCUGGACUUUUGGUCAGCUUUCACCCAAUGAUUUCUACUGUCUCCUUAAACACCCUUUGCCAGGAAAAUGGUACAUAUUUACACCACCACCACAUGUGAACGUAAUUCCCUGUUUCCUGGCAUCCCCUCCAGCAUAACACCAAAUAUUCCUUGUUUAUUUGAUUUAAUCUGACUGUGAGUAGGACUUGCAAACUGCAGAGAGGCAGUAGGGGGGCUGAGUGAGUUACAACUCACACCUGUAAGAGCUAAGGCACAGAGCCUCCUUUUUGAGGGGUGGGGAAUAAUUGUGGCUAUGAUGCUACCGCCUUGCUAGUCUCCAGUCAAAAGUCAUAUGGGUUUCUAUGUCAUUGGAAUGGAUGCUGGGAGCUCAGGAUUGUCUACUCUGAUUGGCAGACGGCUCUCCAGGGUUCCAGGAGAUGCCAUGAUUUGAACCUGGGAACUUCUCUCUGCCUGCUCUGUCUCUGAGCUACGUUUAUUUCAAGAUGCUUUUCCUUGCAGAUAAUCGGGAACUGUGUCUCGUUGUUGGUGUUGAGCUCUGCCCUCCCAGUUUUGUCUCGGACUUUGGGUGAGUUUUGCUUACUUCACUCUGUCUUCCUCAUCUUUUUCAGAGUGCAUCAGUAAAAUUCAGCCUCACUGUUGAAAAACUCCCGUGUAGGCAGGGCUGUGUGUUUUCAAAACAAAUGCACCCAGCUCAAGCAAACCCCCCUCUUUUUUGAGUUUGAUAGUAAUACAGGCUACACAUACAGUGGUACCUUAGUUCUCAAACUUAAUCCGUUCCAGAAGUCCGUUCCAAAACCAAAGCGUUCCAAAACCAAGGCGCGCUUUCCCAUACAAAGUAAUGCAAAAUGAAUUAAUCCGUUCCAGACUUUUAAAAACAACCCCAAAAACAGCCAUUUAACAUGAAUUUUACUAUUUAACGAGACCAUUUUUCCAUAAAAUGAAAGCGAUAAACCAUGUACUACAGUCACACAGUCAAUCAACCAAUCAGUAGCUGUCACACAGUCACAAAAAGGAAAUGAAAAAGCCGCAAAAAACAAAGAAUGCAAAAUAAAUAGCAAAAACAGACAGACCUCAGCGUAACACUCAAAAUGGAAGUGUGGCACUCAAAUCGGAAGCGGAACACUUACUUCUGGGUUUGCAGUGUUUGGGUUCCAAGGCGUUUGAGAACCAGGGUACCACUGUAUUUGUGUAUUCAUUUGCUUUAUUUGCAUUAUUUUGCUUCCACUGAUCCUCUGGGUCGAGGCAAAAAGUAUUAGGGUGUCGAAGGCCUGUCCCCUGCAAAGUUUAUGUAGCUUUAAAGAGGGUAGUGUACUGCCCCUCAUGUUUAUUUGCAGAAUCAUUAGUGACUAGAAUAGUGUUUCCUUUUGGACUUGGAAGAGGGCAGAAUAGGGCACGCUUAUACUCUACUCUACUCUACUUCCAUGCGCAAGGGCCAGGAAUGGAAACCCCGUGCAAAAUGGUCGCCCUCUGUAUAAUGUUCAGAAAACUUGCAAGGAGCAUAAACCAGUAGAUAGUACAAUGAAUCACAGAUCUUUAAAAUAUUGCAGAUGACCUUGAAGAUUCAUGGCCAGCAUUUUAAUUUUUAUUAUUAUUUCUUUCUCUCCAUCUCAGGAAUCACGAGGUUUGACCUGCUUGGCGACUUUGGGAGGUUUAACUGGCUAGGAAACUUCUACAUUGUCUUUCUCUACAACAUGCUCUUUGCUGGCCUCACGACUCUUUGCCUGGUGAAAAAAUUCACCUGGGCUGUGCAAGCUGAACUCAUCAGGGCAUUUGGUAAGUGCUGGUGUUUCCCCCCCCCCCCUUCAAGCUCUCCUCUUUCUAUUUGUUACAGCGAUAUUGGGAAAGAGAACUGUUAAGUAGUCUGAUCAGCAACGAAGGGACCACCGUGUCCUGCGUAGAAGGGAAAGAACAUAAGAUGUGGUCCCAUUAGGGCUGCGGCUUCCUUCUGUGGAGGUUGACUAUGACCUAGUUUACAUGUCAUGCUAAGCUAAACCAUGGCUUGGUGCAAACGCAUGGGCUUGAGAAGAGGAGAGCCACUUGCUCUUCUCCAGUCAUACUGCUUUGCUGUGCUUUGGCUUGGCUUAGCACAUCAUCUGAACCCGGCUUGGUAAGUUCAGCUCUCUCCAAGCUAACCACGAGCUGGAACCAAGGUUUUCCCUGUGGUUUAUCUGGGGCAGCUAAACUACCAGCCUUGGUUUGGACAAGAUGCUAGGCCGUAAUUUGGCUUACCUGAUUUACCAACCAGGCCGAAGUGUGGUGGGCCCUGGGGGUUUCUUGGAGCAUUCCGAACCUACCUAGGGCUGUCGGCUCACAGCACGGAAAACUUUUCUGCCUAUGGAACAUCCGUUUUGCAUGUGAGGAAACCCCCACCUCACCCCACCCCCAGUUCAUUUCCUGUCUGGGCAGGCUCGCUGUGCGUGUUCAUUUUAUUUACUACUCUUAUCAGCCCCUUUCCAGCCACACGCUCGGAAAGCUUUGCAACAAAUACAUUGGUACCUUGGUUCUCAAACUUAAUCCGUUCCGGAAGUCCGUUCCAAAACCAAGGCGUGUUUUCUCAUGGAAAGUAAUGCAAAACAUUAUUUUUGUUUUCUGUUAUGUGAAUGAUGUCAUGAUGAUAAAAAUAUGUAAAAUUCCAUAAAAAUUAUUUUUUUAAAAAAGGAAAGUAAUGCAAAACAGAUUAAUCCGUUCCAGACUUUUAAAAACAACCCCUAAAACAGCAAUUUGACAUGAAUUUUACUAUCUAACAAGACCAUUGAUCUGUAAAAUGAAAGCAAUAAUCAAUGCACUGUACUAUAAAAUAAAGAAGACAGUAUUGUAGAUGAUAAAAAAAAUAAAUUGUUACCUGCACUGACGAUAGUCAUUGUUUGGAUGGGGGGCUUUUAUCCAUUUCUGCAGUCACACAAUCAAUCAAACAGUAGCUGAACUGGGUUCCACACAGUCACAAAAACAAAUGAACCGAAAAAGCCUCCAAAACAAAAAUGCAAAAUAAAUAGCAAAAACAAAAGCUCCAAACUUAAUCCGUUCUGGAAGUCCGUUUGACUUCCGUAAUGUUCAAAAGCCAAGGCACAGCUUCUGAUUGGUGCAGGAGCACCGGAAACAAUAGCUGACUGCCACAUUGGAUGUUCAGCUUCCGAAAAACGUUCAAAAACUGGAACACUUACUUCCGGGUUUUUGGUGUUUGGGAACCAAGGUGUUUGAGAACCAAGGUACCACUGUAAUAAAAUUGCAACGAUGGAACAACUUGUUUUUUUGUUGUUGUUUUUUUUAAAUGAUAUUUAUUGAAAUUUGAAAAAUACAAAACUUACACAAAAACAAAACAGAAACAAAAAGUAAAAAAUAAAAAUACAAAAAAUAAAGGUACAAAUAUGAGAAAAUAGAAAAUAUAAAAGAAAAAUAAAGAAAAAGAACAAAACAAGUUCAUUAUUUUCAAGUCCUUAAUUGUCAUUACCUUCUUUCUUAGACCUCCUCCUCCUCCCUUCCUUUGUAUUCUAGUUAUUAAUUAUCCCAGCAAAUCCUUUCCUCAACGAUGGAACAACUUGUUCAGUUGGUCUUCUUCCUGCCUGGGUAUUGGGAUGAGAGACUGCAGGCUUUGGCCUUUAAUCUCCUCCUUCUCUCUUUCUCUCCAGGCCUCCACAAACUGCCUCUACCUGUGACUCGAUCCCACCAGCCAUGCAAGCUCAGCUAGGAUCCGUGUUGGUGCCUGAACCAAGCCUGGCAAGGCUGCCCACCUUGCCCGUGAGCCACAGCAGGGACAUCCUUACCUUGACGUCGUGAUUGUUGCUUGUCUUCUGAGCCAUCGGACUGCAGCAGACGAGGGUGGGGCAGACAGCUGCCUUUGCCCUGCCUUCAUUUUGACCAAUGACUUGUCGGAAAGGAGGGAAGGUGGCGUUUUCAGCCUCCCCUCCCCGUUUCCCACAAGCCCGAGGAGGGCGAUAGACUCGAACCACUCUUGCGACCUCGCUGUCUUCUCUGAGGUCCCCGUUCCUAUCAGCUGAGGGAACAUCUCAGUAGUUCACACUGUGACUUCGGAACUGGGGCGGUGUGAAGAGGUUGUGGAGAAAGAGGCCUUUGACUGUCUUAGAGAGAGAUUGAUGUAGAAUUGGCCCCGGGGCAUUGUUAGGGAGCAACGUGGGAGAGACAGGCUGCGGGGGGAAAGUCCCUUGCCCCCGCAGGGGUGCUGCAGAUUCCUGCUCUAGCUCCCUCUUUUCCUUGUUUACAUUUGACAUUGUCUUAAACCUCAUGCCCAUGUUGGCCUCUCACUAGACUGUAGGGCUGAAAACCUUUCCAGUUAGGAAUUCUGAGCCAGUUCUGUGUAGUAGAUCGAACUCCGUUCCAUUGUUUACAUACCUCACUCAAGUGCAAUAUAAGCUGGCGCUAUUGAGCCAUUUAUCCAUGGCUUUCUGUUCAGCAGCCAUCUCUGUGAGAGACUAUUUUAUGUUUGUGUGUGUGUGCGCACUCUUGCUCUUCGUGUUCUUUAAAAUUUGCCCUGCAACAUGUAAGCUUCCCUUGUCCGUAACGCUGGGUGUCGACUCAAAGUAAUGGUGGACACAUCUAAUCAGUUUCUACUCCGUUUCCCUCCAAAAUGGAAACUGUGUAAGGGGAAGCAGGUCACAGUGAGUGCCCUUGCCCAGCAAGAAGGGAUAACUUGCCACAAUGGCCACCCCUCCAACUCUUGGACCGUUGAGAGGCGGUUGCAGAGUUUGACGUUUUCCGAAAUUAAGAACAGACCUCAAGAACACAGAUGCAGCUCUUUUCUUGCCCUGUGACCCCCAUGCCUUGCUUCAUGCAAUCAAAUCCCCUUCAAGGGCAAACUGCACGGCCUGUAUAACUUGCUUUGCUCUCCGUACUCUCUCAGUGUUUCCCAAACUUGGGUCUCCAGUUGUUUUUUGGACUACGGCUCCCAUCAUCCCUAGCUAGCAGGACCAGUGGUCAAGGAUUAUGGGAACUGUAGUCCGAAACAGCUGGAGACCCAAGUUUGAGAAACGCUGCUUUAGAUCAGGGGGAGCCAUCGUGGUGUCGUUCAGGUGCCGCCCAACUAUGUACCUGGCAGGGGCUGAUGGGAGUUGGAGUUCAAGAACAGCUGGAGAACGGACACCACAUUGACUACUUCUGCUCUAGAUACUCCCAGCUUGUAGGAAGAUCUCCUGUUAUUUGGGUGGGUGGCUGGGAAGGUGAAUCUGUUCAAUAUGGAGGUAUAUUUUUAAAAAUCUGGGGAAUGGCAGAGGCAUGUUAGAACACGGUUAAUGUGGAAGAAUGGUGCAAUGGGAAACAGCCCCCUAACCCCUCUACUAUAAGUGCAUCAUUUGGGCAUCUCUUAACGUUUGGAUGCCAACCUGUGUUCUCCAGUUUGUCAGGACUCUGUACCCAGUGCUGGAUAGGAAUUAUGAGGAAGUUGAAUCCCUUAUUUUAAUUCCCUAUUAAUGUGGAAGCUCUAUGUCAAUUACCCAGUUUGAGCCUAAAGGGCAGAAAGUAGAGAGGUAUCAAAUUUACCAGCCCAGAUGGGAGCGGCCAUUUUACAGUUGUGUCUUUUGAGUUUUAUGGUAGGAGUUGCUGUGUGUGUGCGUGUGUGUGUGUGUCUUUUUCCUCCCUGUCUUUGUGGCACCGUUGUUUUGCAGUGUGUAUCUAUGUGUGCUGGGCAAGACCACAACUGCCUAUGCCCCAUGUUUGCAGAAAAUGCAGAAGUUUGCUUUGAGGCACGUGGGUGCCCCUUGCGGGCAGUUUUGAAGAACGACAGACUGCCGUGCUCUUGUUAUUGUGGCAACCAUAAUCUCCAUAAAUUUCACAGCCGGAGCUGAACAUAGGAGGCUGCACACAAAAGUCCUGCAUUCUUACCACAGAUCAGACUUCGAUUGGGAGGGGAAGGGUUGUGUGAGAAUUAAUUAUUUUGUUGCAGGAACAUAUUGUGGCAUUGCAGGCCCCGCUUCAGAGGGGCCCAACCGAAAUGGAGACUUGUGACCCCUGCCUGCCUUUGUUGCUUCAUGUAGUGACUGUCUGAUCUCAGUACUAUACUGUCCAUGGGGCUCGUAUCCAUGUAAGCAAUAAAUUGCCUAGUCCUCUUUUAUCUCCCCUCUUCUCUCUGGAUCCUUAUUUUGUGUUGCGGGAGGCUCUGAAAAAAAGGGUGGUUUCUGUCCUGACACGGUAGAGAGAAAACUUCCUAGCUAGCUGUGUCUCCUGAGCAUUUGUUUGUUACUCAAUGAAUGUUUCAUAGAGAGAGCC